GCCACAAGUGACAGUGAGUGCAGAGCUGGGGAGCAGUGCAGGACCCAAAACAUGUGUCCCCAUCACCUUCCCCAAUCUGGGGGGCUCCCCGCUUCGCUCAGUGGGGGGCAGCACAGAGCUGUGACAGCUGGCUGCAUGGGCAUUUAAACUUGCCAUUCCCUGUGCAUCCCCAGCCUUGCACUGCCCACCAAUCCGAGACUGGCAUCACCCCAGCAUCCCCAACACAGUGGCCCUAAUGGCCCCACGAUGAUCCGCUUCUUCCUGCUGCUCCUGCUUCUUCACGGGGCCGGUAAGUGACCCCCCCAAUACAUUGCUUUUUACCUGAACCCCCUCAACCCCCCCUCCAGACCCCAUGAUCACCCCUAUACCUACCUAGCAAGGUCACACAGACAGGGAAGGGGCAGCCCAUUUAUAGGUGAUAUAAUUCACAUUUACCCCACCUGGUCAUAGUAUGUGGCUACAGUGUAGAUACUGUGUAAAAGGCAUGUUUUAUAUCUGCUGCUGUCAUUGAUAUUCAGGACACAGACAUAGAGGUGGAUGCAUGGAAUAUUGAGAAUAAAAUGACAAUAUAAACCCAUUCCACAGCCAGGUUUGUCUAUCCAUGUUUGUUUUGUAUCCGAUUUUCCUAGCACAUCCCCCCAUUACCCCUGGAUUAGACACACAUUUUACACACACUUCUAAUUAACAGCAUCUGUGGAUCUGUGUGUUCAAAGCAUUGCAUGAAGCUGAGCCCUGGCUCUUAUUAAUUCACUGGAUACAUGAAUAGAUGGGUAGAUGGUGUGUGUAUUUAUUGCAUCAAAAAAGCUGCAAUCAGUAAUAAUUAGCAUGGAUCCUUCUAGUAUAUAUAUAUAUAUAGAUUCAUGUAUUGGUAGAAUCUGCAGAAGCAGGAUUUUCAUAUAUUCUUUACUGUUUAUUUUGUACCCGGAUUUCCCUUUUUCAUGGGGUUCAUGUGGGCUGAAUCUGGUUGAAGAUGUUUUAUAAAUCCCCCCCUCCCUGCAGUUGUUGGUUUACUGCUCUCAAGGUUAUCAGUCAGAUGAAGGCUGACUGGCAGUGAUGGGUGGAUGGCUGGUGCUUGGAUUAUGUUUUACAUUAUUCUUACUAUUAGUUAUUCUGACAGAGUCUGCUUAUGGUAAUAUCACAUGCUUGUGUGUCAUUUAAUAUUGCUCAUGGACAAUUCACUGGUGCACCCCCUCCUCCACCCCAAUAAAUAAAUACAUAUUUUAUAUAGUUCUUUGUAUUUCUUUUUUCUGUAUUGAAAUUGAGCAAAAAUGGAACCAUGCCUGGGUGUUUUCAAUGCCCCCUGCCGCCAUGUACCCUUACCAUAAUCUGUGAUUUAAGUACUUAGAGAUUCCAGUGACCCGGUUACAUUCUUACUCACAAAAAGCACUCUGCUGUCUCAAAGGAUCAUCUUGCUUUCUAGAUCACUUUGCUUCCGCAAACUAGACUGCCAUGCUUUCUCAAAAUAGAUUGCCCUGUUUGCUGAAACUAGAUUAUCCUUCUUCCUGGAACUAGAUCAUUUUGCUACUUUUACAAACUAAAUAACCCUGCUUUAUAAAACGACAUAAUCCUUCUUCCCCAAACUAGAUCAUCCUUCUUCCCCAAACUAGAUCAUCCUUCUUCCUCAAACUAGAUCAUCCUUCUUCCCCAAACUAGAUCAUCCUUCUUCCCCAAACUAGAUCAUCCUUCUUCCCCGAACUAGAUCAUCCUUCUUCCCCAAACUAGAUCAUCCUUCUUCCUCAAACUAGAUCAUCCUGCUUCCUCAAACUAGAUAAUCCUUCUUCCCCGAACUAGAUCAUCCUUCUUCCCCGAACUAGAUCAUCCUUCUUCCUCAAACUAGAUCAUCCUUCUUCCCCAAACGAGAUCACCCUGCUUCCCCAAACUAGAUCAUCCUGCUUCCUCAAACUAGAUCACCCUUCUUCCUCAAACUAGAUCAUCCUGCUUCCUCAAACUAGAUCAUCCUGCUUCCUCAAACUAGAUCAUCCUUCUUCCCCGAACUAGAUCAUCCUUCUUCCCCAAACUAGAUCAUCCUUCUUCCCCAAACUAGAUCAUCCUUCUUCCCCAAACUAGAUCAUCAUGCUUCCCCAAAACUAGAUCAUCAUUCUUCCCCAAACUAGAUCAUCCUUCUUCCCUGAACUAGAUCAUCCUUCUUCCCCGAACUAGAUCAUCCUUCUUCCCCAAACUAGAUCAUCUUGCUUCCCCAAACUAGAUCAUCCUUCUUCACCGAACUAGAUCAUCCUUCUUCCCCGAACUAGAUCAUCUUCUUCCCCGAACUAGAUCAUCUUCUUCCCCAAACUAGAUCAUCUUCUUCCCCGAACUAGAUCAUCCUUCUUCCCCGAACUAGAUCAUCCUUCUUCCCCGAACUAGAUCAUCUUCUUCCCCGAACUAGAUCAUCUUCUUCCCCAAACUAGAUCAUCUUCUUCCCCGAACUAGAUCAUCCUUCUUCCCCGAAUUAGAUCAUCCUUCUUCCCCAAACUAGAUCAUCCUUCUACCCCAAACUAGAUCAUCCUUUUUCCCAAAACUAGAUCAUCCUUCUUCACCAAACUAGAUCUCCCUGCUUCCUCAAACUAGAUCUUCCUGCUUCUCCAAACUAAAUUACCCACAUUCAUCAAACUAAAUUACCCACAUUCAUCAAACUAGAUCAGCCUGCAUACUCUAAGCUAAAUUUCAUUGCUUGUCUAGACUAGGUCACUCUAUUUCAUCAAACUAGAUUACCCUGCUUCCUCAAACUAGACUGCCUUGCCGGCUCAGAAUAGAUCUGUGACAGAGCUACUGUACUCCGACUGAGUACCUCCACCAGUUCAGCUUCCUUGCUGUUACGACGGACUUUGGAGCACUUCGCCGAAGUUUGACUGGGGUCUCUGAGGUCCUCUUCCACCGGACCAGGCUGCAAUGAUUAUAGCUCUGGAGACAUUCUCCCUAAUAUUUCGGGGAUUAUAGCUUUCCCCAAAUAUUAAAUGAGUCUUAAUGUAGGGGGUAGAAUGAUCUAUAUCAGGGGUUCCCAUCUAUUGUUUCCAGUGGAACCUGUUGACAUACUGUAUCAGCAUCGUGGAUGCCUCCUUGUCAGUCUCAGCCAAUCCUAUGGGAAAGCAUUGUGAUUGGAUCAGGCCACCACUUCUAGUGAUGCCAGAGGAAGUUCACAGGCAGAGACAGCAGCUUCAGACUUGAAUACAAGUAAGAUUUUACUAUAUUUAGGGAGGCAAAGGGGGAUAGAUAGUGAUUUUAACACUAGAAGGUCAGGAAAACAUGUUUGUGUUCCUGACCCUAUAGUGCUCCUUUAAUCACAUUAUUCCAAGCUAGCAAAAUCAGCUUCCUGCUGUACUCUCACAGUCCUAGAGACACCGCACACAAAAGGUCCACCAGAACCCCUUUUUCCCGGGACCUUACCACCACCACAUAAUAUAUAUCCCUGCAAAGCUAGUCACAGUUCGCCCUAGCUGUCACAACAGCGCCCUGAUUGGAGGAUCCAUGUUCAAAUUACAGAGUGUUAAAAUUUUACCAGAGUGGCUAAUGUCUGCCUUUCUCAGCCAAUGAGUAUUGACCGCCAUGCCUUCUGCUAUUCUGCAGAAGCCAGAAGUGCGUUACUGGACAACCAGGGAGCAUCUAAACUUGGUGGGGACCCAGGCACAAGGGUAAACCAUUGCUAAAUGUUUGCCCCAUUACCAGGGAACCACGCCAGGGUACUCUUGGCACCAUAAUCACUACAACAAGUUCUAGUAGUUAUGAUGCUUGAAGUAACCAUUGAAGCUACACCAGCAGUCCAGGUUUUGCCUGUAUCCCUGAUAGACCAGAAAUGGGAAAUAUCUAGAUCCUAGGCUGUCAGUGUGCCUGAAGACCAGACUGCAAACUAAUACUCUCUAGAUCAGUGGUUCCCAAACAGGUCCUCAUGGACCACCAACAGUCCAGGUUUUGUCAUUGUCUACAUUGGAAUAAAAAAGAAAAACACAUAAAUCCUGGACAGUCGGUGGGCCACGAGGACUGGGUUGAGAACCACUGCUCUGAUCAUUCUGCCUUUUACACUCACACCACUGGAUCCUGUAUCCUUACAUAUUUACUGCACUAUUCUACUAAACUGUAAGCCUACUGAUACCGGAGAAACUGACGGAAGCAAAGCACAGAGAGAUGGACACAGGUUUCUUCAGGAAGGAGGAGAUUCUUUAUUGGAUCACCGAUCGGGACUCAGAGGGACUAAUGUCACCAAAAAUACAGCAAGUUCUGAGCCCUGAACAAUAGUGCAGGCUCCCUAUAUAGGCACAUAACUCCUCCCAUUAAUAGCUACACCCACAUAUACCUUUAACCAAUCAAUGAGCAGAAUAUAGACUUGUACAUCUAGUCAAACCACAUGGCCCAUCCAAGACAAAGGAAAUAAGUGCAAUUUCAGUUCCUGCAUUCCUGCACAUGCUCAGUACACUGAUGACAGUAUCCUAGCUACAUGUAGCUAACCAACUGACACAACAUACACAUAUGCCACAUGGAGAUUUUGGCCUACUAAAUUUUAACCAUGCUGGAAUCCCAUCACAUUCCCCCCUUUUGAUGCCUCUGAUAUAACAUUAUUCCAGAUGCAUCACCAAUCACAGUUUUACCUACAUCUCUCAAGUAGCCAUUGAACCAGAGUAGACCUUGUAAGCAUCUUAAAAACUCCUUCAACAUUCUUCAUCCUGAAUAUAUUCUCUUCGGGCUAGGGGAUCAUAUCUUCCAGACAGCCAUUACAUGAGCCGCUGUCUUUCUCUCUAUAGUACUCUCUAUAAUACUACGUAGGGACCUUACCACUAGUGGAAUUAGACAGGGCAGGAGGAGGCACAAAAAAAUAUAAUAAAUUCUACUCCUCCUACUAAUGUCUUAAUUCCUCCAAGCUGCUCAUACCAACUUCCAAACCAACUACUUAGGUUAUACCCAUUCCAGACCUGAGUAGGUACAUGCUCAAAUUUAACCAUGUGGCUUGUAAGUUCAGCCACUGCCUGCCCUUCAUCAUCUAUGUGCAGACAACAGUUACUUAGAUUAAACUUUCCGCAUACACCUCCUUCUACUGCUAGUAAGUAAUCAAGGGCUAGCCUAUUCUGGUAUAUGGCUGAUCACAUCUUGGUAUUUUGCUUAGCUAGAAGAUUAAGCACUUGAGCUGUCUCAUUAGUAAUAAUCUCAACUACCGCCUGUAGUCUAAUAAUGCGGUUGAGCAUAUAUAAUCGGAGUUCUAUAUCCAUAAGUGCCAUCUUCUGCCCAAGUAGCAGGUCCAUAAUAAUUAAUAAUACGUUGAGGGGGCCACUCAUCUUCCCAGCUACCUAUAUUCAAGGAUGCUCUCUCCCUUUUAUGAUUUACAUCGUAAACCUUAACUCCCAAGGUCUCUCCUGUUUCGAUUGGCAACAAGAAGAAGGAUGGCUUUGGCAUACCUAAUACACAUGCCCCUUCCCAAUCUUGUGGUAACUCCGAAUAAGUUUUCUUACCACAAAUCCAGUAUAAAUUUGCUGGGGCUUUCCAACUAGAUGUAGCCGAUAAGUCAAACCAUACCUCCCUUAAAUGAGUGUAAUUGGCAAACGGAUUAGUAGGUUCCGAGACAUUUGAAGCUGACCACCAAGUAGUAUUUUUAGUAUUAACAUUAUAGGCUUUUUGUCCCAAGCAAGUUAGCUCACCUACAGACGUGUUAUACAUUGUCCCUUUCCUGGCUAUACAAACAUGACCUAUAAUGGAGGUUUUUAACCACCAUUCCAAUUUACUUCUAGUACUUACUUGAUGAUCAGACUGGAAAGGUAUCUGUUGUUCAUAUGUCUCAGAGCCAGGGUACCAUAUUUCCUUUGCCUCCCAUGGCCACUGGUCUCCCAUAUUAGUACCUCCACACACAUAGCAAUUAGUUACAUUAAGACUACCUGCAAUACCCUCAGCCAAAUCAAUAAAUAGGUUGUUAACAUUAUGGGGAAUUUUAUCCUCAAUACUCAUCUCCUCAUAGAAGGAAUGAGAAACCUGAUGAGUUUGAGUUGCCACUGUCUCAGUUUCAAGACCUACAUAUAUUAUUGUUCCUGAAUCUACUCCUGUGCCAUAUAUUUGGAACCCAAACAGACCUCCAAACCUGUCAAUAAAGUACUGCAGAUUGGAAAUGGUCAUGUGAACGGGGUUACACACAUAGUUUUACAGUAUGGUGUGGUAGGCAACCUUUGGAUAAUCAUAUCUUGAUCCACUGUUUUUCCCAGGUUCCCAACCUACACAUGACCAAUAGGGGCAGAAGUUAGUCUCUAUUUGGGCAAUCAGGAUCAGUAGAUCUUUUACUGGGACAUAAGUAUUUAUCAUUAAACCCAUAAGUUCGUUCCCAUUUAAGAUUACCAUAUACAUUCCAAAGUCUUCCACUACCCGAAAUCGCCUUACAUGCAUCAAAUAGUAGAAUACCCGCGGAAUGUAUGGUGCUUAUCACAGUCCUAUUUAUUAAUGUCCCCUGGGAGUUACUAUUCCGAAUUACCAACCAAAUUGUACGGGGUUGGAAAUGGGGAUCAAAACAUUUAGACUCUCCUGAUAUUGGCUUGCACACACUAUAAUCAAUAUCCAAAUAUCUACAUUUAGAUACAGAUCCCUUACAUUCAUACUGUGAGUGCCAGAUGAGAGUUUGGGAUAUUUGGUUACCUGUUUUAGUAGUCUUAAUGCAACUAUCGCAAUUCGGUAUGUCUGUACUCCUACCUUCCUGAAAAAUCAUAAAAAUACUAAGACACAAUAAAACACAUUAUUCCUGAAAUCCUCAUUUUUCUUCGACCGUGCGAUGGCCUCUCAGCUUCCCGAUUGUGAGGGCUGCAAGGAUGUUGUUCUUCUGAUCCUCACUUUCCUUCACAGAGAUCCCUUCAAGAUACUCUGGCUAUGACACGUAGGCAGGUGGUCAGGCUUUAUUAUGGCCGUCAAAACACCUACUUGAUGAUCUUUGUAGACUUUUAACUAGAAUGUCUCGAUAUCCCCUCGUCACUCCGACUGAGUUGCACGCUUCAACCGGGUCCUGCAAGGAUUCUCAGGAUCUGGAGUAGUUUGCCAAGAGUCUGCUGCUGGUUUAACCUUAGAAUGAUGAAUCCAAGGAGUCACUUCCGCCACCUUUACAGCUGUUGGGGUAGAUAAAAGAACAACAUACAAAGGCUAACAGAAUACACCCCGAGCUUUAACUCAAUAUGUAUUGGUGGGAUAUUACGAGCAAGUCCUGGAGGAUUAUUUUCUUCCCAUACUCCUGGAAUGUCAAGUAAGGAUUCAUCACUCUUAGGGUUAACACUUGUCACUAUGGAAUAGAAGCGUCAUUCUUCUUCCCUCGGCACCGAUAUCACCAUUAUGCCUGGUAAUCCCUUAAACUUCAGAGAUGUUAAUCCAUUAGGUAAAAGGUUAUCUGAGUUUAAAGCUUCGAUAAUAGAUCUCGUCCUAAAAGUUGAAUCGGACACUCUGGCAUAUAUAGGAACUAAUGCUUCACCACAUGGCCUCCCAGAAUACAAGUGCGACUCUUAAGAACCGGUCUAGCUGCACUUCUCCCAGUAGCUCCUAUCACAGUUAUAGUCUUCCCCGAAGGCGGAGCCACCAUCUUAGUCACCACAGAAUGUUCAGCACCUGUGUCGAUCAUGAAAGAACUUCUCUUUCCCCCUAUUGCUACAUCGACCAUAGGCUCCGCUCGACCAAGUGGGAUGGAGCCCAGUCGGUAUCAAUAGUCUUCCAUGAUAGUGUCAGCCAGACCCACAAAAUCUCUAUCCUCUUUUUCUCUAGGUCUCUGCGUGGGUGGAUAGUAUCUGUCUCCUUGAACACUUCCUCUACUAUUCCCACCAUUCCCUCUAAAACUUCCUCUUACUCUAUAACUACCACUAUAACCUCCUCGUACCCUUCUCUCUCCUUGUCUAUCACCUUCAUACUGCUCUCUCUGUGGACACUCACUCUUCCAAUGUCCCUCCUUUCUACAAUACGCACAUUAAUUCCUACUUAAAGUCCCUUGCUCAGCCUAUUCUCGUCUCCUCUAUUCACUUCCCUGUCUUUCUACACUUAAGAUAGCUACCGCUAGCAUAUCUGCCUUUUUCCUCAUUUUACGUUCUUCCUCCAUCUCCCUAUUCAUAUAUACUGUAUUUGCAAUCUCCAUUAGCUGUAUUAUGGACAUCCCUACAAAUCCCUCUAAUUUUCUUUAAUUUCCUUUUACUAUCACCUUGGGCCUGGCUGACAAAUGCUGAGUCUAUCAUUCGGAAGUUUUCAGGGGCCUCUGGAUUAAAGGGAGUAUACAACCUAUUUGACUCAAGCAGUGUCUAAUAUGGGACUUCGGCAAGGCUGCCCAAUAAUAGGUUCCAGUCUAGGAGUAGUAAGAUAAUUUUAUUAGUCAGCAUUUGGUGGAUGAAAAAACGUUUUGUUUUUUUUUUAAAGUGUUAAACCAAAAACCUACCAGUAGGUGUCACCAGAGGGUAAUUGUAUCAAAAUAAUCUUUAUGGGUCUAAUAAGAAAACUCAACUUUUAAUAUAUUUAUACAUAAAAUAAAACCUUAUAGCAAUAAAUAUAUUAAAAUAGGGUAAGCAAUCCUACAUCUAUCUGUUAUAAACAAUGUAUUAUCAAUGUAACUCCCGAAGAUGGCCAGUAGGUGGCUUAGAGUGCCUCCCUAAAGUCAAAUGAAACAAAUAGACUUUAAUUAAUUAUGUCCUAUUUUAUUAUUACUUAUUUUAAUCAAUGUCCACCCUGCUAGCUAGGCUUGAUUAAAUCUUUAGUUCUAAGGUAAAUUAAACAUUUCAGUUUGUAGUUUAGUAAAAGGGGACAUUUUGGACAAAGCUGGGAGGGGCCCAUCCAGUAACUAAAAAAACCAAUAUACCAUCUGAUACCAUUGAUCAUUGAUUAGGGGGAGGGGUAGUACAGAAAUACAAGAGUUUGAAACACAGGAACAGAUAGGUAUGUGGGUAGGCGGGGACAGUAGAGCAGGGGGAGUGCAAAUACUGAUUAUACCAGCCAGAAAUGGGCGUGGCUAAUCUGGCUCUGGAGGAUGUUUGGGGGGUUGGUAAUCAGAUGCCAGGGGGGGAGGGGAUGUCCAAAGCAGUUGUAAUUAAGUCCUUAGUUCUGACCACCAUGUGGCUACAUUGUUUCCCAUAUGACACAGUUUAAUUCACCAAGGCAACAAUCAGUUUCCAACAGUCAAUAUAUAGAAACUGAUCAUAGAAUUCCAGCCUACUAGUUACAGCCACAUGUACACUCUGCACUAAAUUUAAGUGAAGACUGCUACAUGGAGGCCAUGCAGCCACCAGGACAAGCUACUCCCUACUUUUUUUUUUUUUAAACAUACAAGACAAAAGACUAACAGCCAAGUGAAUCAGAUUAUUUCAACAGAACGUCUGAUUCAAAAAGCUGUACAAAUAUACACACAGUUACAACAGUCACACCAAUCUCCUUAUCACCAGCAACACAUUGCGCAGUCACUAGGCCCAAACACACACACAGGAUCCUCACAUGCUCAACAAUAUCACGACGUCGCACACACGAAAUUAAAUCAAAAACCCACCAAAGACUAUACACUUAUCAAUGUAACUAUUAUUCAAACCAUACAACUAUCCACGCUAUUAAUCCAUAUAAACUAACCGAUCACAUAACAUUUCAACAAAUUCAUCUCUACAAUUAUCUGUACUAUAAAUCAACUUUUGACUAACCAACUAUAUCACAUUCUAGUAACCUCAUCUUUACAGUCAGUGGUUAUGGUACAGUUAGUAAGUGGUUAUAAUACAGUUUUAAAGUCACAGAUCAGUUAGUAACAGUUAUGGUAUUAUACAUAUAACAUAAAACAGCAAUUGUUAGUAAUUUUUACACAAUGUCAGUGGUUAUGGUACAUGUCAGUAGUUAUGGUACCGUGCGCUAUUUUACAGUUAUACACACAAUUUACACUCCCACUAGACAGCAGAGCUCUAACUUUCUAGUAGGACAUACAAGUUAACCAAUUCACCAACUACAAUAUAUUUAACAACAUUUACAAUAAUCCCAACUAAACUAUUGGCCAGUACCUUGAAUAGACUACCUAAAACUAUAUACACCCGUUUUGGUUAGCCACACUGCCCAAGCACCACAUAUAGCGAACUAGAGGGCGGAAAUUGCCCUUCUAGUCUAUUUACUCUAUCAAAAGUCUAGUGGGUUCCAAAUUUACACGCCUUCCCACUUAGCCAAGAUAGGUUGAGAGCUAGCGAACCGAAUUUACACAGGCGCCGCUUAGUCUCCCGGUCCCUCCGACCUAGCGAACGUAAUAUACACCCUAGAACGCUAGUCUAGACAAGACACCGGUGUCCGGCUAGGGCUAUUUACACAGGACCCCGCCUGACUAACCAGAUCAAACGGUCUUACUAAAGAGCGUUCGAUCGAGCGGUGCGCCUUCGCUCCUUCCCUCCGACAGAGGGGGCAGAUUCCAUACACAGAUUUAAACCCCUUUUGGGCCUACCGCACAAUCGGUAUACCCCUAGUGGGUCUGCCGUCUAAAACAGCAGUUGUCUUACCUCCUCGUUCCUGAACCUGAGUUCACACUCAUCGACGGGGACACCCCAGCACUUCUUACGUAGAGGCCGAUGAUCUCCUGGACAACAGACCAGUGGCGCCGAGACGAAGGGAGGUCCACGCAGAAGUUCAGGGGUGCAGCCGUAGAGAACGUGGGCAAAGAUAGACCGUCUCACGCCUCUGCCUCUCAGCUACCGUUGAACGAUGAGCUUCCCGGCCAAUGCACCAAAUGAUACCGGAGAAACUGACGGAAGCAAAGCACAGAGAGAUGGACACAGGUUUCUUCAGGAAGGAAGAGAUUCUUUAUUGGAUCACCGAUCGGGACUCAGAGGGACUAAUGUCACCAAAAAUACAGCAAGUUCUGAGCCCUGAACAAUAGUGCAGGCUCCCUAUAUAGGCACAUAACUCCUCCCAUUAAUAGCUACACCCACAUAUACCUUUAACCAAUCAAUGAGCAGAAUAUAGACUUGUACAUCUAGUCAAACCACAUGGCCCAUCCAAGACAAAGGAAAUAAGUGCAAUUUCAGUUCCUGCAUUCCUGCACAUGCUCAGUACACUGAUGACAGUAUCCUAGCUACAUGUAGCUAACCAACUGACACAACAUACACAUAUGCCACAUGGAGAUUUUGGCCUACUAAAUUUUAACCAUGCUGGAAUCCCAUCACACUACAGCACAAGGAGAUUAGCUCACUGGCGGAUCCGGGGGGGGAAGGGGGGGGCAACGGGGCAAUUGCCCCCCUCCCAUCCACCCCGGCUCUCCCCUGCCAGCUAAUGCAGGGCUGGCAUUGUCCAAGUGCCAGCCCUGCAAUGUGCCUGCGGACCGGGGAGGGAGAUGGAGGAGAGGGGACCCGGGAGCUGUUACCUGCAGCUCCUCCGGGUCCUACUCUUGCGAGCACGGAGCCUUGCCACGGCAACGCUCCAAAUCUCGCGAGAGUGAGCUCUAGAGCAAUUCAGUGCCCCCCCAUACACACACUGCCCCAAACACACAUACACUGCAACUCUCACACACACUGCCCCCUCACAUACACACUGCACUGCUCACACACACUGCCCCACAUAAACACUGCCCCCUAACACACACACUGCAACCCUGACAUACACUGCCGCCCUCAGGCACACACUUCACCGCUCACACACACACUGCACCUUUAAUACACACUUCCCCCCUAACACAUACCACUGCUCCUAUGCCCUAUAUCCCAGCAGACCCCAGGUAAGUUGUCAAACUGUUCUUAAACGGUUUGACUACUUACACUCGGAUGGAAUCCUGGCACUACUGGCACCGCAACUACUACACUGAGCACUGCAAUUAUAUCUGGAUUAUUUCUUUAAAUAAUCUACAAGUGCCCUUCCCGAGAUCAGGCUCUGGAUCUGCCACUGGAUUAGCUUGGGGCUCUCCUUUUUGGGGUGCUGUAUAAUUGGUCUGUAAAUACCCCUGACGUUGGACAUGUAGCUUAGCAAAGCAAAUCUAGUUGAUGAGCACAAUAUCCAUUGACUUUAUCCCAUGCUAAGAGAUCUCAGACUACAUCUGUUCAUUUGUUCCUUAGUGUAGGAACAUCUCAUAUGUUCUCUAAUUUCUUUACUGCUUUAUCCUUUACACCAGAGAGCUUCUGCGGGUAUCUACUACAGUUAUUCAAGUUUAAUAAAUAUGAAAGUUGCUAUCGUGUAGUUUCUCUCCAUUUUUUCCUCCGAGGUGGACACAUUAUGGUGUGAAUGGCAAUAUUUGUUAGUAAGACCAUGCACCAUUUUAGUCUUCAUACUUUGAAUGAUCUCUGAUUUAUUAUAGAAGCUGGCGGAUCGGCAUUACGUUUUGCCAAUGUUUCAUGUAACAAAUGUCUGACUUCUCUGGAAAUAACACCAUUGAAUAAAACAGAAGAUCACCUGUAACUUGGGUUAAGCAUUUUUUCAUGCAAUGCUCUGUUUUCUUUUCAAUAUAUAUUAAAGAUUUAACAAUCACCAUCCAGUUCUGUCAAGGCAAAGACAGGGCACACAAUGCAAAGACACUUAAAUGGACUCUCCAGUCCCAGGAAAACAAUCCGUUUUCUUGUCACUGCAGGUCCCCUCUCCCUCCCACCCCUCAUCCCCGGUUGCUGAAGGGGUGAAAACCCCCCCUUCAGUGACUUACCUGAGACCCCGGCUGAUGUCCCUCGGCGGUGGUUUCGGGUCGCCGCCGCUCCUCCUCUUCAUCACGUCAACCGGCGGGGAGACUGAUCCUGCCUGCCGGCUGAGGAGACCUAAUGCACAUGUGCGGCAAUGCUGCGCAUGCGCAUUAGAGUUCUCCAUAGGAAAGCAUUGAAAUGGGGAAUUGAGCGACGCUGGAAGUCCUCACACAGCAUGAGGACAUCCAGCGACGCUCUAGCACAGAAAACCUGUGCUAUGAAGCAGGAAGUGCCCUCUAAUGGCUGUCUAGUAGACAGCCACUAGAGGAGGAGUUAACCCUGCAAUGUAAUUAUUGCAGUUUAUGAAAACUGCAAUAAUUACAGUUGUAGGGUUAAGGGUAGUGGGCUUUGGCACCCAGACCACUCCAAUGGGCAGAAGAGGUCUGGGUGCCUGGAGUGUCCCUUUAAGGGACACUGUAGUCACCAUAACAUCUUUAGUUUAAUGAAGCCAUUUUGUGUAUUGAUCAUGCCUCUAAAGUCUCACUGCUCAAUUCUCUGCCAUUUAGGGGUCAAAUAGUUUUUGUUUCUGUUAUGCAGUCCUAGCCACACCUCCCCUGGCUGUGACUCACACAGCCUACAUCAUAAAAAAAUGUUUAAUUUUAAAUCACUUGUUAACUUGCUUUAGAAGUUUUUUUAUCUUCCACUCUGUAAAUUGAACUUUAUUCACACACAAGGGGCUCCUGUAGUGUCCAGCACACUAUUAACAGAGAAGAAGAUAAUAAAUUCUAUAUUAAGCAAAAUUUGCAAGGAAGUGUAAACAUUAGAUGUCUCUAUACAGGAAAUAUGUAGGAAGGCUGUGUAAGUCACAUGCAGGGAGGUGUGGCUAGGGCUGCAUUAAAAAAAAAUGUAACUCCUAAAUGGCAGAUAAUUGAGCAGUGAGACUGCAGGGGCAUGACCUAUACACCAAAACUGCUUUAACCUAAAUUGUUUUGGUGACUAUAGUGUCUCUUUAGUUCUAGGAAAGCCACAGAUACAGCUAUCUACAUUUCAUUUUAUUCUUCUGACCUUACAAAAACAUAUUUAAAUAUAAAUAUUUAAAUUACUAAAAAGUGUCAGUUUUUAUUUAAACACACAACUUAAAAAUUAGAACACAAUGGUGUAUAUGUUUGGAAGAUACACAGAGAUAUGCACUAAAAUGGGAAUCAACAAGGGAACUUCAAAAAUUAGGCAAAAAUGGGGGAGCUGGAAAGAUCCUCCAGCAAAUGAUAGUAAACUAUCCAGCUAUAUUUUUACUGUUAUGAUGACCCAAAAUGUGACAUUCUACAGUCCGUUCUAGACAACACCUGAUAUAGUAAAUAACAUCUGCUAAAUCUUUCCCUUCCUCCUACUGUGUUCCAUCUAUUGUGAUUUUUUGAAACUUAGUGGGCAUUUUAAAGGUGAACCCUCGGAUACCUAAUUUUCCAAUAUAUAUUCUAAUAACACAAGGUCUAUGAUUUCCAGUUCCUGAGACACAGAAUUUUAGUGAAUUGAAAAAUGAAUUUGCGAAAUUUAGGCUAAAAUAACAGUGUUGAUUCUAGAGGAGUUGGGACAUUUUUUUUCCAAAUCGGCUUUUCCUGCCUAAAUUUUUCAGUUUGAUUUUUAAUCACCACAAUUUGGAACUAUUGCUAUUACUAUUGAAAAGAAAUAAUACUUCAGGAUAUGCAGCUCAUUACUAAAUUGUUUGAGAGGUAGACGUUUUGAUUUUCCUGUUUUUCAGUCUUUUUUUUUCCUUCUUUUAGGCAUAUAUAAGGUACAAGCAAUAGUAAUAUGACAUAUGUCAAUAACACCAUAAAUGAGGAGUGAAAAUUCCUUUUAAAAAUAAAAAAAAGCGAGCUCCCCUCUUAUAGCAAGAAGAGACCCAAUAUUAAUCUGCACCAUUUGUGUAUCUUAACAAGGGGACCAUAGACCACAAAUUCUAAAAACUGUUGGAUAAGUGUGAUUGGACGUGGCCAAAAUGUGUUCCAUACUAAAAAUAAACAGAUUUCAAAAAUAAUAUUCUGAAUGUAAGAAAUACCGGUAGUUAGAGCAGCAGAUUUAUAAUGUUUCGAUACUCCCAUGCGAGUUGUGGUGCAAACGCGUUGGGUCAACAGGUGAGAGGGUGCAAAAGUCUUUAUGUUGUAAAAAGUAGUCUAAAGUAAAUCACCAUGGAAACCAGUGGAAACAUAAGGCAUAAUUUAUUGGUAAUUCACCCCUUUUUAAAUUUUUGCACCACGCUUUAAUAAAUACUCCUCAACAUUUCUAUUUCUUCUCCUCAUUUGCAUCGUGUGCCUGGCUUGAGCUGGAUUACCAUAUUUGCUAUAUCUUUUUAAUACACUUUUAAAAGAAAUCUUAGCAUCACAUGACAAAAGGUUCCCACGAGUUAUAGAUGUUUUUCAGUGUUUUGAUCCGUGGUGUAAUUUCCAGAGAAGUGUAGAAAGGAAAAUUAAAACAGCAGGUGUUAGACAGACAAAAAACAAAAUGUCAACAGAACCAAGAGGUGAAGAGGGCUAUAUUCAAGCUUAGUAAUAGUUUUUGUAUAUCUCAACGAUGUCCGACUAACUAAGUAUAUUGUGCGAAUAAUCUGCGUGUGUUCUAUGUCCAAAAAACUGACAGAGGACACUGGAAAAUCAAUGCUUUUUGUGUAAAAAAAAAUUGCAUUAAUUAAUAAUUGUAGUUUUCAUUACAUGACAGUCAAUCAUUCAGGCCAGUCCACUGCGGACAGACUGUACCGAAAGACCUGUUUCAGUGUUCUCUGCAGGGUCCUAAUGCCCUGAGCACAUUUAAUUAUACACUUGCGUUACUCUCUUUGGCGACAGAUUCCUAGUGUCCCCAAAACGGAGGCCACCAGAAAAUAAAAUUGUGACUCUCUGGAGAACAGUAGUACUACAGUACUCUGACAAUGAAGUAGGCCUACCAAAAAUCCCAGUUUCAGUGGGACAGUCCUGUUGUCCUUUUGAAUUGGACAAAAGAUAAUUUAAUUGUAGGGGGUGUGAGUCGGGCUGUGACCAGCGGUGAGCGGUGAAUUUUACGUGACUUACUAAUAACAAUUUACGCAACUAAAAUGUAAUUUAGAACAAGAACAAUGUUUCUUAUUCACACAGACUGAUUUCUAAACACAUUUAUUGUAGUUUAAAGACACAUCACUGGGAGUAUUAUUGCAGUGGAGCUCUGUUAUACACUCAGACACAUUACUGGGAGUAUUAUUACUGUGGAGCUCUGUUAUACACUCAGACAUAUUACUGGGAGUAUUAUUACUGUGGAGCUCUGUUAUACACUCAGACACAUUACUGGGAGUAUUAUUACUGUGGAGCUCUGUUAUACACUCAGACAUAUUACUGGGAGUAUUAUUACUGUGGAGCUCUGUUAUACACUCAGACACAUUACUGUUAGUAUUAGUGCUGUGGAGCUCUGUUAUACACUCAGACACAUUACUGGGAGUAUUAUUACUGUGGAGCUCUGUUAUACACUCAGACACAUUACUGGGAGUAUUAGUGCUGUGGAGCUCUGUUAUACACUCAGACACAUUACUGGGAGUAUUAUUACUGUGGAGCUCUGUUAUACACUCAGACACAUUACUGGGAGUAUUAUUGCUGUGGAGCUCUGUUAUACACUCAGACACAUUACUGGGAGUAUUAUUGCUGUGGAGCUCUGUUAUACACUCAGACACAUUACUGGGAGUAUUAUUGCUGUGGAGCUCUGUUAUACACUCAGACACAUUACUGGGAGUAUUAUUGCUGUGGAGCUCUGUUAUACACUCAGACACAUUACUGGGAGUAUUAUUGCUGUGGAGCUCUGUUAUACACUCAGACACAUUACUGGGAGUAUUAUUACAGUGGAGCUCUGUUAUACACUCAGACACAUUACUGGGAGUAUUAUUGCUGUGGAGCUCUGUUAUACACUCAGACACAACAACAAUAUGGAGCUCCUAGAAAAGAGGGACAUUAGGAUAGAAAAGAGGCUCAAUAUAGGAAUUGUCCCUGCUAAAUAGGGACACUUGGGAGGUACGUCAUUAUUUUUAUUAAAGAAAUGCCUGUGUUCACACUUUAUCGACUGUAAUGUUUUAUUUUAUCACUGUAAUGUAAUGAUCAGCCCAUUAAAAGGUCAAGAAACAACAACAAAAUGAAUGAAUGGAAUGUGUUAUACAAAAAGUAACACAAAAAAACCAAACAAAAUAAAAAGGGAAAUGUUUAAAAGUAAUAAAUAGUGAAAUGAAAACCUGUCCAAAAUGAUAAUUUCUGGACAUAUAGAUCCACCGCAGUUUACAUAGUGCUUGGGGAUCUUUGCUACUGUAUGACUUCCCCAAAUCAAGGUUAACUAAGAAGCCACUGUGUUCUGUGUGCUUCUAUAAGAGACCCUUGUGGUUGGAAAGGUCAGUAUGCCGGCCGCACGCUGUCAAGGAAAUGGAUUUGAUUCUGAAAUCAACCAAAUCCAUCUAGAGGCUAUUAUGUUGGAUUCUUAUGACUCACUUGCCGCCAUUGCUUUUACGUCACUGUGGAGGGUAUUAUUACUAUAUCUGUACGUUUGCGAAUAAAAGUACAUAGUUUGCUACUAGUUUCUAUGAAAGCAAUACCCCCUUCCAUAGCACUUUCUGUCCCUCUCAGCCCCCCAGGCCUGCCUGCCUUAAUCUGAGAAAGGUUUUCCUGCAGAUAAGGUCACUGCUUCUGUCCGGGGGAAUCUGCGGAAACAGCCCAGAUUUUAUCCGGCUUCAGGAAACAGAAGGACAGGAUAUUUCAAACACAGUCCUAUAGUUGAGCUCUAAUGGGGGGUUCAACAUAAACAGACUUUUACUUUUUCACACCAGAGAAGAGUGACUGGCUGGCAAGUGAGACAGUGGACACGUAUUUGGGGUUUCCCCCAUUUUUCUAUCGCCUUAGGAGAACAGCCCAUAAAUACAUUAAGUAAACGUAUCUGUUGGAACAUUUCUGAUGAAACAUAAAAAUCGGUUGAUUUCUGUCCCAGUUAUGGACUAAUGUAGAGAGGGCCCUGGUGCAAUAAAAAAAUGUUUGGGCUAAAAGUUAUGUCCCAUUUGUCAUACAACUCCCACAAUGCAAUGCCAGCUGGGGAUCUACCAUUUUCCCAAACUUUGAGGAUUUUAUUUGUGAGCAGUGUUUGUGUGUUUGAAUGUAAUCAUGUUUUUGUAUGUGUAUGUGUGUGCAUGUAGCAAUGUAUCUGUAUGUACUGUUGCCAUUGUAGUGCAGUGCUGUACUUGUGUGCAGUGUUGGCUUUUAAAUACAGAUGUGCUUUAUUGUGUAGUGUUUGAAUGAAGGGGAUGUUUAUAUGUAUUGUUUAGUUUUUUUUGUUAAUCUGUAUUUUUAUUGAGGUGCAGCUUUUAACAGAAUGCAGAAACAAUUGGUUAAUAAGGCCUAUAGUAGGGGUUAAAGGCUGCCACAUGGAGUGCCCCAAGAUUCAGCCGACUCCUGAUAAAGGUAAGCUGACAAUAAGCAUGUAGCGUCUGCUGGGAGUGACAGGGUAAAUAUGCCAAGUGGGCGCCACCCUCCCGUACCAUGCCUGUGUAAGGGCUAUCACCUCUGAGCCACGGACUCAGGAACUUUGCAAGUCCUUCCCCUGAAAAGGGCAACGGAAGUCCUGGAUGAUCUGGGGCCUGGUUUGGCCUCUGGUUCUCUGUUUGCGUGGUCGACGUACUGUGGCCCGUAGUCUGGGUGGGCUGCUGAAGCGAGUAAGUUGCGUCGGAGCAAAUGUGCCACCCUGAGGGGGUCCUCCCGUUUUCCCACCCUUGCUCCUCUGAACUCCCCCUGUAGAUAGAGGGUGAGAUACUGUCAGGCGUUCUUCCAAGUGUGCCCAGAAACGGGCAAACACAGCAUCCAUUGAUGUCAUGAUAUUGCUAUGUGCAGGUUGCUCUAUAUCGUCCAAGGCCUUGUUCCUUGAUGUAUGAGUGCUUGCGCCCACUAGUUCAGGCAGUGCAGGCCGUUCACAAUGCCUUCCUUUGACGGCCAUUUUGGGACACGAGGCAUGGAUUCAGUGUUGCAGGCCUGUCUGUUACUAGUUGUCAGAAGAUCAGCUCUCCAUUGGGGACCGGGAUACCCCCCACGGGUCCAGAGGGGGGUGGGGGGGAUAACGGAGCUGUAGAUAGGCUUCAGCCUGUUGUGCUCACCGGGUCGGGAAAUCGGCCGCUUCUCUCGGUCGCCGGGCACGUAAGGCUGCAGAUCCAGAAUGAGGUAAGUGCUUGAGCGACCGAGUCAAUCUGGAAAGAGGACGGUGCAGGCUUACAUAAUGUUGGUCUGCAGCUGAAAGAAGGUUUUGUCUGCAUUGCACAAGGCGAUUUAGACGGUAAAUGAAGCUUGUAUAGCCGGAGCUAACAGCAUGUGCGUCUGGCCAUCAUGAGUGUCAGGCCCCGUCCCCUCUAUGUACUGUUUGAUAACUGGGGUGUGUUUGUAUGUAGUGUUGGAUUUUUUUUUUUUUUUAUUCUUUAUUUUUCUGUGCAAUUAGAUUAAAGGCAUAAGUAAAGUGCCACAACAGCACACAGAGAUUAAACAACAAAGAUUUCGACUGGGCACAUAUAGGCUGCACAUUUUUAUAUUAUUAUGUUUAAACAAGCUAGACUGGCAUGUCUACUUCAGCGUUGGCAGCGUGGGAACAAUUAGGCAAAAAAGGUAAACAUGUGCGUGAUAUUCUAUAUAAUGUUGGUCGCUUACAUUGCUGCACAUUUUCCUUUCCUUAGAAUAAAUGGAAGAACAGAAUAAGAGCUUCAGAAGCACAUUUCUAUCUAAUGGACUGAGAGAGAAACAAACAUGCAUAAUAUAGAAAUGUACUUAGUUACUUUCAACUGGUAAUACCACUGGCUAAUAACCCUCUACCUAUAUUAGUGGUAGACGUUUCUAGGAAUAUGGCCACAUAGCAGAGUGAUGGGUGAUAGUUUAUGGCUUAUAAUCCCCAAAAGAGUAUGCUGUGUUAGGGUGUGGGUAAGUAUAGAUGUAACAAUAUACGAACUGUGGGGGAACAGUAAAAUGGUGUGGUAAGGCUGGAAAGUUCCCAGGUGGAGAUCACUGUGGGAGGGCGGGAUUUACCCAAUCCCUGUGGUCGGUAAGUACACCGGGUAUUCAGGCUGUCUGCCUGGGCUUGCGGCAUUUCUGCUCCUUUUUGUUGUGCCUCUCCAGCCUCUAUCCUUGUUGUGGGGUAGUUGUCUGUGCCCCUCGGUCCAGAGCCUCCCUGUGGUUGAGCCUUUCCCCGUCCAGAGAGUGCAGGUGAUUCCACGUGGUUGAUGUCGGUUGGUGGUGAUAGUCGUUCGUCUGCGUUUAUUGUGUAGCGGGGGAAACCCUCGUGGGGUCCUCAGCCUGGGUGGUCUGCCGGUACCUGGAGCCGGUCCUUGUGGAGACCCAUCAUUCGGCAUUUCUUUGGGGUUCAUCCGGGUUGUGGUUGUGUCUGCAAGCCUUCGCUUCCUUCACUGGGUGACGCUCCAGAAUUGCUCCCAGAACCUGGCAAAUAAAAAUGAUUUAUUUGAUGUAAAUUUAUUUUUAUUCAUUUUUAUUAAUUUAAAGGAACACUAUAGGUGCCAAAACAACUUUAAUUUAAUGAAGCAGUUUUUGUUUAUAUAUAUAUCGUGCCCCUGCAGUCUCUCUGCUCAAUUCUCUGCCAUUUAGGAGUUAAAUCACUUUUGUUUCUGUGCUUGGCGUUUAAGCCACCACGUCCUUUAAAACAAAAAAAAGUUACAUCAAAUGUAAUAGCUAGAGCAGUGAGUUACACACGAUACACAAAUAAUCAUAAAUUAGAUAAAACUGCCUUUACUGUGAUACGCAGGCCUUUAUUCCAUAUUUUUGUAUUUUCAAAUUAUGUAAAUUUUUUUGAUAAACUUUUCAAAGAAUUUAGAAAAAUAUUAAAAUAUCAUAUAUAAAAAAAAACAAUAAUCAAUAAACCAGAAAAUGUAAUCAUUCUAAAGGUUUAUCCAAUAAUAUACGACUGUAAGCUCGUCCCAUAGACUGUAAUCCCUUCCUAUAGACUGUAAGCUCGUCCCAUAGACUGUAAGCGCGUCCUAUAGACUGUAAGCCCUUCCUAUAGACUGUAACCCCGUCCCAUAGACUGUAAGCCCUUCCUAUAGACUGUAAGCUCGUCCCAUAGAUUGUAACCCCGUCCCAUAGACUGUAAGCCCGUCCCAUAGACUGUAAGCGCGUCCCAUAGACUGUAAGCGCGUCCCAUAGACUGUAAGCGCGUCCCAUAGACUGUAAGCCCUUCCUAUAGACUGUAACCCCGUCCCAUAGACUGUAACCCCGUCCCAUAGACUGUAAGCGCGUCCUAUAGACUGUAAGCUCGUCCCAUAGACUGUAAGCCCUUCCUAUAGACUGUAACCCCGUCCCAUAGACUGUAAGCUCGUCCCAUAGACUGUAUGCUCGUCCCAUAGACUGUAAGCCCGUCCUAUAGACUGUAAGCUUGUCCCAACGACUGUAAGCGCGUCUGUAAUGAUAUUGAUGUUACAAAGUUUUGGAGUCCAGUAGCCAGAUCAGCAAUAUUUUCUGCCAGAGGUAGCCACUCGUUACCCAGGUGGUUGAGCCCCUGAGCCUUGAGUGGCUUUCUGGUCUUAAGCAGAGAUGGGAGACUGGAACAGAAAGAUGAUAAUCGUAGUGAGGCAAGCCGAGGUCAGUGGGAAGGAGAAGCAGCAAAGUCAAAACAGUCCAAAUUCAGCAACAGGAAGGAGAAACAGGAACACGCUGGAUUAGAGAGUACAGGAACCACAAUAAUCUGGCAAAGGUACAGAGACAGGAAGUGGCUUUUAUAGGCCAAGAACCAGAUACCUGACCAGACACAGCUGAAGAGAGUUGUCACUGAUAACCUUGACUCUACAAGCAAUGGUAUCAGAUCUCAGGUAAAUUUGCAAAAGGCAGGCUGGUUUACUGGUAAGGAAAAGGUUUAGCACCAUGUAAACCAGGGUUCGAAACCCAGCAGAGUCAGUUCCUCACAGCGUCCUAUAAACUGUAAGCCUGUCCCAUAGACCAUAGACUGUAAGCGCAUCCUAUAGACUGUAAGCGCGUCUUAUAGGCUAUAUAAAUGGCAAUAAUAAUACAAAUAUAAUGAUAAUAUUAAAUCAAGGCCCUACUAGGGUGGAUAUGAACCCAACAUAAAAAAAAAAGAUGCGUCAGGGAGUUUGACAUGGCAGGAGUACUUGGCCUGGUGUGCAUGUGCGCCAGAUAGAGCUAUCUCCUUAUUGGUAAGCUCCCCUCAUGAUUGACCAUGUGCACAGUGCUGUUGAAGAGGUCUGUGUAGGCAGGAAAGCCCUGAGUUCAUUUUGCACAGGACAUACCUAUUUGAUAGUGUACUCCUGCUGUGCUUUACGGAGAUUCUCUCUGGUGUCCCCCUUUUUAGACUCCAGGUGAGCAAAUCAGGACUUUCUCAACAAAUCCAGGACAGUUGGGUACAAUCUUCUCCAAGGUGGCUCAAUCCAGCCAAGACUGGUACCAUACAACAUCUCAGCCAUACUACAAAUCCGAUUAAUCUAAGACAGCCAAAAGUUGCCUGACGUAGUUGGCAACUGAGCGGGCAAACAAUGGUUCCAAAAAAUGCUUUUUUAUGACCCUGUUUCCAGAUCCUCUUGGGUCACCUUUCUUCCAAUCUUCUAUGAAUCAGUACGUGCCAAAGCAGGCAGAGGGGCUGCCUAUAAAAUACACACCCCACUGACCUCUCAGAAGGAGAGAGAGAUGAAAUGUGGGAAAGCUGUUUAAUGAGAUUUGAAUACAGCCCCUCGUGUCUUGUAAGAAAACAGACUUAGAUUUCACUUUUUGUUUCCUGUCUGCCGGCCCCAGGACAGCGAAUCCAACUUCCUUUCCCAAGGGCAAAUUCUAGAAUGCCUUUGUACAAUGUGCCAUAGUAUAAUAUUUUAUUAAUUACUGAGAGGGUAGUGGAAACAUGGAAUAGCCUUCCAGCUGAAGUGGUAGAGGUUAACACAGUGAAGGAGUUUAAGCAUGCAUAGGUAGGCAUUAGGCUAUCCUUGAUAUAAGAGACUAAUGAAAGUAUUAAGAAAAUUGGGCAGACUAGAUGGGCCGAAUGGCUCUUAUCUGCGGUCAAAUUCUAUGUUUUCAGAAGUCACUUGUAAAAUAUAGACAAAAAAAAAACUGUUACGAGGCAAAGUGCUAUGUCGUGGGGCAGUCACAAGGACACAGACAGAAUAUUUCAAAACAUUUUACACUUUGUAUGAGAAUUGCUCCUGUUUUGCUUUGGUAAAUGUAUAUUGACUUAACUUGCACAUUAUUAAAGUGCUCCUUCUGCCAUUUUUUAGAGUUUUAUCUCAUUAGAUUUACCAACAUAUCUCAUUUGCUCUCAGCCAGUCACAGGUGCUCAUGGACCUCCCGUACCAUAAUGACUUUAUUGAGGUGACCUUUAACCAUAGAUAACAUAGAAUUCUGGGAAAUGGAACCAACCUUGAACAAGCCCAGAUCUGACCUGUUCAGUGAUAUCACAAGCUUUCAUUAUGUAUUCUAUACCCGUAAAACACAUUCUAUAUGUGCUUUGAGCUUUAUGAUUUGUUACAGAAAAGGCAAUAGCACAUUUUUUUUAUUUUUUUUUUAUAAUUCUUUAUUUUUUCAAUGACAGUUGGUAAUGCAUUUUACAAAGUGCUGCUCAUGCAAGAGCCUGAUUGUAGUCCAAAGUUGUAUACAUAGGUCGUAGAAUACAGGAAACAAAGGCUCGUGACAUGUUGUCAUUGUUUUUUUUUGUUUUUAGUUUUUAACAUGAAGUAGAAACAACAAACUUAUAUAUAUAUAUAUGACUUUAGUAACAGUGGUAACAGUGUAAGGAUAUUGUCCUCUUGUUUUAGUAUCUAACUGUGAUGAACAGUGGGCCGGAGUACCGGUUAUCUUGGCAAUAGCACAUUUUAGGACGCAAUAGAAAAUUUGGAAAACCAAAAUUGUCUAGUCUUCCUGCUUAUCUGUUUUCCCCCCAAAAUAUGCAUUUCUUUUGUCAAUUCUACAUUAUCUCUCCCAACGCUCAUUCAGUGUCUCCUUUUCUAAUGAUAUCUCAUCCCUUCGUCCUGUCUCAGUUGGAGUCCUCCGAGGCUCCGUCCUUGGUCCCCUUCUAUUUUCUCUUUAUACUGCCUCUCUUGGCAAACUUAUUGCCUCAUUUGGAUUCCACUACCACCUGUACACUGAUGACACCUAUUUAUAUCUCGCCACCCUGGUCCUCUCCCCUGCCGUCCUGCAACUUCUCACUGCUUGCCUUUUCUCCAUCUCUGACUGGAUGUCCUCCCGCUCUCUAAAACUAAAUCUCUCUAAAACUGAACUCCUUGUCUUUCCUCCUCUUUCGCUCUCCCUUGAAGUCAGUGGUAUCCACAUCAGUCCAUUCUUGCUGUCUUGGCGUUAUAUUUUAUUCUGGCCUCACCUUGGAGCCUCACAUCCUGCAUGUUACCAAAUCCUGUAGAUUCCAUCUUAAAAACAUAGCCCCCAUCCACCCCUUUCCUACCCAAGAUGCUACUAAAGAGCUUGUCCAUGCUCUAGUAAUUUCCUGCAUGGAUUAUUGUAACCCUCUCCUAAUUGGUCUUCCCAAAAGCCGUAUUGCCCCGCUACAGUCUGUAAUGAAUGCUGCCGCUAGACUGAUUUCCUCUCUAGUCGGUUCUCUCACAUCUCACCCCUCUGUCAGGCCUUACAUUGGCUUCCUGUAUGCUAUAGGAGUCAAUUCAAGGUACUAAUUCAUACCUAUAAAGCACUGAACAAUUCUAGACCCUCUUAUAUCUCAUCACAGAUCCAUAGGUAUGCCCCUUCUCGGUCUCUCCGCUCUGCCCGUGACCACCUCUUCUCCAUUGUCCUCACCCGUACGGCCAACUCACGCUUGCAGGACUUCUCGCGGGCGGCUCCCUUCCUAUGGAAUAGCCUGCCUAUCGCCAUCACACUCUCCCCUAGUCUUCAAUCGUUUAAGAAGUGCCUUAAAACCCAUCUCUUUAGGAAAGCUUAUGGCCUCCCAGACUAACCUCUACCUCACAUACCUGUCUCUUGCUUUCUGCUAAAUGGCAGCACUCUACUCUCUCCUCCAGCUCUGCUUCACUCCCACCUUACUUGAUUGAUAUUUCCUGUCCUAACGUGUCUUAUACCCCACCUCCUAUAGACUGUAAGCUUGUUUGAGCAGGGUCCUCUUCAACCUAUCGUUCCUGUAAGUUUUCUUGUAAUUGUCCUAUUUAUAGUCAAAUCCCUCCUUUCAUAUUAUUGUACAUCACUACGGAAUCUGUUGGGGCUAUAUAAAUGGCAUUAAUAAUAAUAAUACAUAAAUAUCAGUUCAUUGAAUAAACCUGAUUGUAUCGUUUUUGUAAAAUACUGCGCAGGACAUAGAACAUGUUUCUGGAAAGCUUUUUAUACAGUUCUUGUCAAACUAGAAAUUUAGGUUUUGCCACGUUCCAGAUCUUUUUUUUGCCAAUGACAAGAAGAAUAUUGGUACAAUUCAUGUUCACGGUAAGUGUUUAGAAGUAUAGUAAGUAUAAUUAUAUUUUUUUCGCAUGUUCUUGACUCUUAUGCCCUGGAGCUGUGAUUCAUUUGGAAAAGUGUCAGAAUUAAAAUAUUUUCAUCUGCCAAACCUCUGGAUUCAUUUUCUUAGAUUUUUUUUAAUAUAAAAAAAAUCCAUUGUAUUCCACAAAAGAACUAGAAUAACUCUGGAGAAGUCGUAAAUAAAAUAUAAAAUGAAGAUGAUUAGGGACUUCUAUGUCCUGUUUAAGUCAGCAUUUGUUCCCAAACCAGUCCUCGAGUAGCACCAGCAGUAUUUAGACAAUCCUCUUCCUAUGGAGAUAAUUGCUGAAACUAUUGGUGUGCCUUGGGUUGGUAUUGGAAACCACUAAUUUCUAGUGAAAUUACUUAAUUUUUCCUUAAUGUCAACUGUCAAGUGCUAAGUAUACCUGCUGGUCCGAUAUAAUUAAAAUGUGUAGACCCGUGUUGUGAGAUGGACCUUCAAUUGCCUUGUUAACAGUCAACUAUACCAUUAAGACGUUAUCGUCCAUUUCCUUGUUGGCAACCAAUGGAAUCAUUGACCUUUCUAAAUUGUCCUUCAGGACAACUCAUGAAUCCCUGGCUCGUUGGACUUGCUAAUUCUAAGACUUUCUUAGAGCUGCCAAAGGAAAUAAAGUGUGUGAAGGAACAAGACAUGUUUAUAAAAUAACAGAGACCUUAUUUUAUAAUUUACCGUGAAAUAAAGUAUACACUUACUGAAAUGAGAUAUAUACAUAAAAAUAAUAAUUAAUCAAAUACAGCCGUUACCAAUACUGAAUUCUAUCUAAGAUACAGUAUAUCACUAGUUUAUCCUGUAUGAUCAGGGUCUGACAGUUAAAAGAUAGAAAUUCAGGGCAAUGCCGACUUUCGGCUGAUUUCCUGCUCAUCCAUGGCUUUUGGCAGCUUUUCUCUGCCACUCUCAUGGUACUCCCUAAUCUAUUACUACCAACAUUCAAGAUGGCGGAUUAUUACUUUGUGAUACUUGGUUUCAGCCUGUCGUGUAAUUGCAAUUUACUGGAAAAUCUGCUGAAAUUAAAUAACAGAAUUCACUGCAUCAAGAUACAAAAUAUUGUGAAUCAUGAAAGCCUCCAGCAGGCUGACAUGAUGGACUCUUGUGGAUGAACACUAAACCCAUUAAUAUCCUUUGUGAUUGUGUGAUUGUGUGAUUGUAUUUACUACUGGUUAAAUUCUACCAUACAUUAUUGGCAGCUCUCAGUUCAAUCAUUGGAACAAACACGUCUAAAUAAAUGUUAAAUGUAUAUUGAAACUAUAUGUAUUAAGGCAGUUUUGCCUGUAUUUGUGGGAGGGGCUUAAAUUAAUUCACUCCCCUAUAUAAGGGACACCCCUUACCUGACUCAUAUCGCUUGAGGUCAGCAUCAGAAUGAUUUCCACUUCCGGGUCAUCCAGACGCCAUUUUACCUGAUUACUCCAUGAGGUUUUCUAAGCAGAGCUGUGUCAGGAAUCCAGCCACAGGCUUUUCCGGCCUACCACCUUCUUUCUUCAAACCAUCACCGUGGAUGGUGUCCAAGUGACUCACAAACAGUAAGUCGACCUACCCGUUACGCCAGGCAUCAGUCCCACGGCACCAUGCACGGGUCAGGUCCUCACUUUACGGCUGCAUUUUGUCUAUGUCUGUUCUAAAACCAUUGCAUGUUCAUGCAUAUCAUUCGUUUAAACCCCCUACCGGUCUUUGGGUGUACUACAGGCUUCUUAGACAUUAUUGCAUUUCAUGUAUAAACCAACGAACCACUGCAUUUUCGCCUACACACUGACCCCUACCGGUCAUUCGGUGUACUACCGGCUUCUCAGACAUUAUUGCAUUUCAUGAAAAAACCAACCAAACACCGCAUUUUCACCUACACACUGACCCCUAUCGGUCAUUCGGUGUACUACAGGCAUCUUAGACGUUUUUUGCAUUUUCAUGUACAAACCAAUAAACCACCUCAUUUUCACCUACACACUGACCCCUACCGGUUUUUGGUGUACUACAGGCUUCUUAGACAUUAUCGCAUUUCAUGUACAAAUAAACGAAUCACUGCAUUUGCACCUACACACUGACCCCUACUGGUCAUUUGGUGUACUACAGGCUUCUCAGACAUUAUUGCAUUUCAUGUACAAAUCAAAGAAUCACUGCAUUUGCGCCUACACACUGACCACUACUGGUCAUUUAGUGUACUACAGGCUUCUUAGAUAUUAUUGCAUUUCAUGUACAAAUCAACGAACCACUGCAUUUGCGCCUACACACUGACCCCUACCGGUCAUUCGGUGUACUACGGGCUUCUCAGACAUUAUUGCAUUUCAUGUAUAAACCAACAAACCACUGCAAUUUUCACCUACACACUGACCCCUAUCAGUCAUUCGGUGUACUACAGGCUUCUUAGACGUUUUUGCUUUUCAUGUACAAAACCAUAAACCACUGCAUUUUCACCUACACACUGACCCUUACCAGUCAUUCAGUGUACUACAGGCUUCUCAGACAUUAUUGCAUUUCAUGUACAAACCAACUAACCACGGCAUUUUCGCCUACAUGCUGACCCCUACCGGUCAAUCAGUAUACUACAGGCUUCUCAGAUUUUAUUCCACUUCAUAAGCAAACAAACGAACUACAGCAUUUUCGCUUUUAUACUGACUCCUAUCUGUCAAAUGGUAGCAUUAACCCCUUAAGGACACAUGACAUGUGUGACGUGUAAUGAUCCCCUUUUAUUCCAGAAGUUUGGUCCUUAAGGGGUUAAAGGGUAUUUUAACAUACAAUCAGCAUUUCUGACCCCUACUGGUCAACAGCAAACUGUCUUCACAUGUCAUAUACAAUUUACCAGCCAAUAUAAAUUACACAUAAGAUUGUUUUAAACAUAACUAUAGACCAUAAAUUAAACUCCAGCACGGGCUCAACUUCAGGUUUAAUUCACAAUAAUUUACAUUUCACAUCAAGACCAACAGUGGUUCUAUCAACACUGCCACCUACAGGUCUGUCAAGUACAUUGACAAUUUUCAUGGGGUUUUACAAACACCAAAACACUGACACCUAUAGGUCAACAGACAAAGAACAUUUCACAUACCAAUCAGUAUCCAACUACACUGCCACCUAUAGGGCACUCAGCAGAUCUCCAGUGCACUUGCAUUUUGCAACACCAUGUUCACUGACCCCUACCAUUCAAUAAGACAUACAACAAUUCACAUAGCAAGCACUAUGUCAACAUCUGGUAUAAAUACAUAUAUUAUUACACAGUAGCAGACACAUCUGUAUAUAUGUAACUGGUAAUAUAGUUCACAUACAUUUUUCACAGCACGCUGCUCCCGCAACAGACUUCCCCUAGCAAGGGGACAUAUAACAUACAAGGUGGGGACAGACCACAUUUUCACUUGUACAUACGGCACUUAAUGGGUUAAGAUUGAUACAUAUUUAACCAGUAUGGCUACGAUGUUUAAUAUUUACACAUCACGUCACUUUACUUUUCACAUAUACUGUACGUAUUAAGAUAAGCUUGGUCUAUGCCAUAUUUCCUUAUGCCAUACGGUUUUAUCCAUUCAGGUUACAGUUACUACUAAAAAACCUAUACGGAUUGUCAGGUUCAAUACCAUACUACCAGGUACAUACACCUGCUCACGUAGUUAUCCAUCUCUUACCUUCCCUGGAAUAGUAAUAGUGUACUGGCAAUUAGGGUUCUAGGGCCCAAUAGGUAUUACCCCCUUUUUUCUCUGCAUUAUGCUUCGGUUAGUGGUCCCGCGAGGCCAACACCCCGCCUCACACUCGGAGGCAUACACCCCUCGGGCCACUCGUGAGCUAGUCGCCUCGCAUUGUAUCAUAGAGAGGACCUCACCUGUCACUCCCCUUCCUAUUUUCUGGUUACUGUCACCGAGAGGCCAACAUCCUGCCACAACGUUCGGUGGCCACACAAAAUCCCCUCGCGCCAAGCAUAGAUAGAGCCUCUCAAGCCACUUGGCAACUAGCAGGGCCUCACCAGUCACCAAAAAACACCAAGUCUAAUCAUUUCGCCUUACGGCUUAGCUAGCAAGCCAGUACAAGAACCCUGGGUACAAAUAAUAAUUGCAAUCUUUAUUGUUAUUUAAGUAUUUCUCAAAAAGAUGGUGAAGAAUCACCUCUUCCUAGCACCCCGGCUAGAAUUGAUACACCUUCAAGCAGAGGAGAUGUUGCUAGUCCAGCAGCAAUCAGAUCCUGGACGAUCCCACACAUUACCACCGACCUAAGGAGGUGACAAAUCCCCUACCCUGCUACAGCAAGGAAAGCAGUUAUUCAAACUCCUCCAUACAUCAACGGACAACACGGAGGCAGGGGAAGGCCCAGCUACAUCAACUCAGGUGACACCCAGGCUAUGCUAGCUUCACUCAUAAACUCAUGAGCCAAAAAAUUUAUGACAGACUGGCAAUCUCGAGUUGGUCACCACAGCCCUCACAAGGCUGGGCCUCACGCUACUGUACAACCAGCACCAACCGAAACUCGGUUACCUGGUACAAUCAAUUCUUAUGACACACAAGAUGUUAAACCUGCACGUAUGAUCCCAGCACAUUGGGGAAGCAAGGCAUAUAUAUGUAUGAUGAUGUAUCUGUGAUGGUCAGAUCCAGGGAUUCCAGGUAAAUCGGGAACUGACCAUCCCUUGGUUGGGUUGGCAUUUGGAAUAUGUGGAGAUGUUUAUUUGUGCAGGUACCCAUACAGAAGGGAUUUUGUCCCAAACAAAUGGACGAGCACUCUCAGGCUCCAGGUACCAGCACCUCUGAACUACCAGAGACCACUGAUAUGAGUAGUUGCAUUGCAUACAGACUGUUGCAUAUAUGUUCAAAUAGUUCAGGGCACAUGACAAACCAUGUGUCCCAAUACAACUUACAAAUAACGUAUUCACCAUCUGUACACACCAAUGCAUUUUCAACACUACUGACUCAUCACCCUUCCAGACUUGUAGUAGAUUUACUAAAGCUCUGGAGCUUCAAAGGGCUCCCAUACAGGUAUCAUAAACACACCUUCAAGGAAUAUAGCAUGCCCUCACUUACAGUCAGCACAACAAAACCAUUGGCUGUAAACACACUCAUAGCCAAGAUUUGCAGAGGGGUCUUCCAAUCUCCACCAUUUACAGCAUGGCACCAAACACACACAUUGGUAUUGUCACAAGGAAUCUUCCCUUAAACAAAGACUAACCAUGGACUUAUUGGUAACACACACCUCCGCUACCCCAAGUCUCAACUCCCUCAUACCCUCCGAGGAUUUUUUUUUUACUAUACAACACCAUUGAUCUACCUUUACAGCUAUCACUCAAGCAUGGGUUGAAGCUUGAUUAAGUAAGACCAAUAUCAUCAACGCAGUAAACGGCUACCAUCUACCCUACACACUGGCACUUACAUGGCAUAAAUUGGGCAAUCCUUUCCCCGCUCAACUUUCGAGCUACAGAUUAGCCUACUAUCGAUAUUCGCAGAUACUCUGUGCUGGUUAUGAUAACAUAUCCAGAGGCCUUACAGUCAUACACUAUCUAGAAGACUUCUUGUUAAUCAAAGAAAGCAUAUUUUUCACUAGAAGCCUCACGGCAGCUUAGUCUGGUUGACCACUUGGGCGUCCCAGUACCCCAUAAGAAACAGAAGGCCCAGACACUAUCUUCACAUUACUGGGCAUAUGACUUGAGUCGGCAUCCAUACACGCAAGUUACCACAAGACAAAUAGGGAACAUUCUCAACUACAUCAAUCACUACCUCCUGCUUAGUACUUACAACUGCAAGGAACUACGAUCCCUACCAGGUUCCUUAAUUUUGCCAUGCUUUCACAUCCAGAGUACUUUCCCCUUUUUUCCACACUUCCAACAUGACGAUCAGAGGAGGUGCCUAGACACCUCAGCAACAGCAGACCUGCACAUGGGGGGGGAUUUCUUAACCACUUGGCAUGGUAAAAGCAUGUUCCUUCCAGGAUUGUCUGACACUUCUCCAACCAGAUGGUCAGAUGCAGUGUAUACCACGGGUUUGGCAGCGAUCUACCGGGAACAAUUGCUUUGGGGCUGUUGGCCAUGGCAUCCAGGUUUGGAAAUUUUUCCACCACUUCAGCCCCUUUGGGAGAUCUACCCCAUUGUAGCAGCUGCUGUGGCAUGGGGUAAAUCAUGGUCAGGGUCAUCAAUCCGUUGUUACUCAGACAACUAAGCACAUACCAUAUCAUCAACAAACGCCACUACUCAUCCAUAAGUUCAUGAUGUUUCUGGGGAACUCACUUGGUUGGCCACUUAUCACAUUUCACUUUCAUGUACCAGACGGGGGUAUACAUCCCUGCCGACAACUGUCUCAUUUAUAUUCCAGGCAUGUUCAUCAUACGCUUCCUACAGCCGCCCAUACAGUCACGUCCACUCUUUCGUUCCAGAGACAAAAUCAUGGAUUAGACAUACUCAUGCAGCAUAGCAUGCACUAUCCCAGCUAGCACUUUCGUCCCAUACUUGUAGAACGCAUAACACAGCUUUUCACCUGGCUUAAAGAAUCUCAUUGGAACACGACAUAGCUCAACCUGUGUCACAAAAUUUCUCCUAAGUUUUGCUUAUUUUUGCCACCUUAAACUUAAACUAUCUCAUACACCAUUAAUUAUAUAUUUUACAGGCAUUCAACAACACAUGAUAACCUAUGGCCAAAACUACCAUAAACUUCAUGCUAUCAUACCAGAAAAGAAUAUACUCAGAGGUUUUCAGGAAUCCAUUCCCCCACGUUCCUCUCAGAGAUUACCAAUAGCCAUCCAACUGUUCAUCCUUAUCGGACCUAUUAGAUCUACAACCAUUCAAUUAUACUACCAAGUCAGCCAUUACCAGCCAUGCACAUUGCCUUUUAUGCCUUUCUCAGGCCAGAGAAUCCACUACCAUCACCACCACUCAGACAGAUCAUUGUCUUCAACGAUCCCACGUACGUAAACACAUAUAUCAUUACCUAUUGGCUCUACCACAUUCCGAAAUGAGUCAACAUGCACCAACAGUAGAGAUAACAUACUAUCCUACCCACAACAAAUGGUGCCCACUUUCGGUCCUAGAUUCCUACCUUCAAAAUCCUUUCAGGAAUUAAAUACUGUAAUGCAUUUAAGGAAAUGUCUGGUUAAUUUGUAUAUAUUUGUUGACUGUAUUAAAUCUUUGAUUAUUCAUUUUUGCCCUCUUUAUUUACAGGCCUACCGUAUCGUCGGUAUCGGCACACCACAACCGACUUGCUCCCUUUACACUAUCCUAAGCUUAUGCUGGAUCCUUACUCCAUAUACGGCUAUUUUGCCCCUUACACAAGUAUUAAGGCAGUUUUGCCUGUAUUUGUGGGAGGGGCUUAAAUUAUAUAUCUUACCUGACUCAUAUCGCUUGAGGUCAGCAUCAGAAUGACCCUCCCACCCACUCCUCAUUUCAACACUUUCUCUUUUCUUUCCAUUUACUUUACUUUCUUACUCCUUGGUGGGCCCUCUUUAUUUACAGGCCUACCGUAUCGUCGGUAUCGGCACACCACAACCGACUUGCUCCCUUUACACUAUCCUAAGCUUAUGCUGGAUCCUUACUCCAUAUACGGCUAUUUUGCCCCUUACACAAAUAUAUAUAUAUAUAUAUAACAGAAAAAAGGAUUUUUAAAUAAAGCUUCUUUUUACUAAAAAAAAAAUAUUGACGUUUCUGUUCCUACCAGGAACUUUCAUCAGGAUAACAAACAUAAAUCUUAUGUUUGUUAUCCUGAUGAAAGUUCCUGGUAGGAACUGAAACGUCGAUAUUUUGGAGUAAAAAGAAGCUUUAUUUAAAAAUCCUGGGAGUGCUGAUUUUUUUCUGUUCUGCAUUUUUAAUGCAAUCUAGCACCGGGUACUAAAUUUUUAUAAGUAGGAGUGCAAGGCUUUUGUUUUUUUCUAUAUGUGUAUAUAUAUAUAUAUGUAUGUAUGUGUGUGUAUAUAUAUAUAUAUAUAUAUAUAUAUAUAUAUAUAUAUAUAUAUAUAUAUAUAAUAUAUUACUAGGGCAGUGUCUUGAUUAGACUCCAAGAUAUCCAUUAGGUGUCCCAAUGCUUGGACCCCUCUUCCCUCGCCCAUUUGUUAAUAACAAGAUUACUCAUGCCCUUUCCUACUAUUCCUUGGUGCUAAUGGUUGAAAUAGAAAGAUUAUAUCUAGAGAUAUGCCAAGGGAUUAUAAAUUCUAUUGGUUCACGUUCUCUACCCCCAUAAUAAAGAACCAAAAUAUAUAUAGUCUUCAGUCCUAUGUUGCAUCGCAACUUACCAUUCAUAAGUGUUUUUCCAUAUUUACAUUAAUAGAUUUUAAAAUCACUGCACUGGAAGUCCUUAUAGUUUGUUACAAUGCUAAUAAUAUAACUGGUUUAUAUGUUUAGUUUUUAUCUAUCUGAUUAUUUUCCUUUUUUUUAUCUCACAGAGUUUCUUUCAAACUACACAGAUGACCUGGAACGUUUCACUAAGGUUACUCUAGAAGCCAAGGACAGUACAACUGGGACUAGUCCAAAGCAAGGACAUCAUUUAUUUUCAAUGCCUGCUGGACUAAUGAAUAAAACUUUUGCAACACCACAUCCUUAUUCUUUAGUGGAAAAUGUCCAGAAAGAUCCAUCAACAACGCCCGCCAUAGUCCAGUCUUUACAAGGAGAGUGGAAACUGAAUUUUACCAGCCGCCAACAAGGACUUUUUCCUGGUUUCCCAACGAACACAACAACUAAACACCCAACCAAAAUGCCGGCAAUCGUUAGCAUUGAACAUGGGGGGCAAUCAUUGCUAAAGAAAUCAAAAAAACUGAAAAUUAUCACCCCUCCUGUCAAAGUCAAGAGCUUAAAGAAAAUCACAGAAUAUGGUCUUACAGUAAUUGAAGGGCAAAACCAAGAUGCUUUGAAGGUGGAAAACAUGCCAAAAUUUGAUGAUACGGGAUUAAAUGUUUCCUCUAGUACUACCAAUUUUGCCAGCGAGGUCCAAUCUGAUGAUGUUGACAAGAUGUCCUUGAGCAGGCCAGUAAAGACUAGUCAUGAGGACACUCUAUAUGGAAUUAGAACCCACAAAGUAGAACAUUUUACAAUGGGUGAGGAGUCUACAACCCAGUCUGUAAGGUCACCCCUCAGCAAUAUUUUAGCAAAUAGCACUUUACAAUCACUAAUGCAGAACUCCAGCUCAAAAAAUAAUAAACUCCACCGAGUUGCUGGUUUGUUGUCCAAUUUCACCUCUGAGAAAGUUUUGCAGGAAAAAGAUACCACAGGGAAUUCUCUUGUUGACACCGAACUUUCAAAAGGUAGGCACAAAACACUUGCUAACUUUGCAGAUAGAGUGGAGGAUGUUUUUGGAGUACUGCAGGAGAGAUACACUGAUAUAUCUGGGCCAACCCUUCAAGAGAUUCAUGAUAAAGUUGGGCAGAAAUCUGACCAAAAAGUCCAAUUUGAAGCAGGUUUAUUGACACAGGAAGAAAUGAACACACAAACCGACUCAGAACAAGAAGACCAAACUCAAUCAGAUGAGUCCGCAGAAUUAUGGAAGACCACACAAAUGCAGAAACUUUCCCCUGAAUUGUCACAUUUCCAAUCUGAACAAAAACAUCAGACUCAUUCCAAUGCUACCACAAUUACCCAACAUCUCAUAACAUCAGCAGAAUUAGGGACAGAUUUUCUCUCUGAACCAAGAACUGGUACACUGCCACAAUUAAACACACAUAGGCAACAGGAGUCAAGUGUAGAGACCACAGCAGACCCCAUUCUAGAGGACCGAAUAGAACUGUUGACACCACCAGAUCCAAAACCCCAGGAGAAGACACUUGUUAACAUACAGACAGAACUGGUGACAGAGAAAGUGGCAUCAAGGACGCAAAUUAAAUAUAAACCUGCCACUGACAAAAGCCAAUCUGAUAUAUUAAGCCAAACACAACUGGGGUUCACAGUGCAGACACAGCCACAUUCCACCACACAAGAACGGUUGGAGGUAAAUGAACACAUGCAAACUCUGGUAUCCACGACUAGUCAUCCAGGCCUAAAUAACCAGCAAGGAAUAACCAGAUUUACUCAACAAGUAAUAACCACAACUAGUCAACAAGGGGUGAACACAACUAUUCAACAAGGGAAAAUAACAAGUCUUCUAUCAGAGUUAACAAAAAACAUUCAACCAGAUCGAAUCACUCCAUUUCAACCAAGAUUUAUGAAACCUAUUCAGAGACAAUUAGACCUGCAGGUUUCACCAGUUCUAACCACGGACUUAACCCAGGAAAUGACUACCGAAAUUCCUUUAGAAGAAUCAUCUCAGACCCUAUCAAGACAGAAUGCUCGACUAUACUCAAAACUAGUAACACAACCGCACACACAAUUGAGAUCUUUCACAAACCACCCUUCAGAAGGAAACUUAACUAUGCAGAACCUGACAGAGGUGACCACCACAUACAGCACACCAGACCCACUUACGCAAAGCUUUGUGAUGCAGACUGGUCAAAUCAUGUCAAAAUUAGCCAUGGAGAGUCAGUCUAAUCUUGUGAGCCAGUCAGAGCUCAACUUAGAAACCAAUACGGAUCAAGCCACACGGACACUGCUCGACCCAAUCACAAACAUCACACAAAAUGAAAAUUACGUUAACAUAAAGACUAAACCUGACCUAGAUAUGAAUACCCAGCCAGACCUAGUCACACGAACCUUAUCAGACAUUAUCACUCAAACCCAACAUGACCUAGUAACAAAGUCCAAGUUUGACGAUUUCACUCAAAUCCAGCCAAACCUGACUGCAAAUAGUCAGCCACACCUCAGCACCCAGACCAAACCUGACCUAACUGACCAGAACCAGAGUGACCAAAUUUACAAAAACCAGACUGAUUUAACUACUCAGAACCAGAAUGACUUGACCACAAACACUCAUGCUAACCUCACCUACCAAACCUACCCUGACUUGAUCUCAAAGACCAAGUCUAACCUAGUCACAGAGUCCAAGGAGGCGUAUGGAACAAAAAAUAAUCCUGACCCAUCAACAUAUAACCAGGCUGAACUAGUCUCAAAAACUAUGCCACAACGGUCCACUCAGGUUCAUCCUGACUUAGUUACACAGACCCAGCCUGCCCUAGUUACACAGAGUCAAGCUGACCUAGUUACCCAGAGACAACCUGACCUAUUUAUCCAGAGUCAGCCUGACCUAGUUAACCAGAGUCAUCCUGGUCGAGUCACACACACUCAGCCUGACCUAGUUACACAGACACAACCUGACCUAGUCCCACAGAUCUCUACAGAAUCAUCUAAAAAAAAUAACUUGACUGAGAUAAGCCAUAGUCCACCUUUGCAGGCCCAUUCAGAAUAUUACAGCAAAACAAAGUUAGGAGAAGAAACCAAAAUGCCACUACAACUGCCUACACAAAGUGAGCCACAAUGGCAAAAACAUGCAGAACUAACUACAUUUACUGAGCCAGAAAUAAAUGAACAAACUCAGUCACAGCGAACUACACAGAGUUAUCCCCAAGCAUUCUCAGAAACUCAAAACAAACCAACACAAGCCACACAAAAACAGCCACAUCUAAGCACAAAACCCAACUCCUCAUUGACCACAUGGAUUUGGCCUGUGGUGAACGAGGAUUCUACAGAACGGGGAGACCAGUAUCUCCUCAAGAACCACAACACAGACACUCAGGCAACAAUCUUGACACUGACAGAGGUGAGUCCAGUAUCCACAACUACAGAUAUUUCAUCAGUUGUCCCACCAGUGACUGUUGAACACUUACAAGAGACUGGAGCUUCAGAACAGUGGUACGAAUUGAACCACAGCCCAUCUCAACCACCUAUGCAGAAUACUGGAACUAACCCAAGUAUGGCAGAUGGUGAUUCUUCAAACCCUACGUUGACCUCUCCUGGUGCAGGAGGCCCUCCCACAGUCUUUACAACAGCAGACGGUUUGACUGUUGGAAAACCAGAGCCAAGACUCUCUUCUGAGUCCCCAAGCACACUAAAAUCUCAAAUUUCUCCACGUCUGUCUUCUUACACCAAAACGCCACAAACGAACAGCGAAGUGAUGUCUGUGCAUCCCACGAGAGACUGGAUCUUCAUUGUAGAUGAGCAACUUCCAGUCUUUAAAGGUCGGUCAUAGGACAAGAUACACUCAGUUCUGUUUUUAUUUUCUUAACUAGCAGCCAGGUAUAACUUUUUGUCUUUUUUUACUUUGUUUUAUCAACAUCACUUCAGGCCUAUCCUACAUGGAUAUCAAGUAGUUGAUCCAGGUAUUAAUUCUGAUGAUAUUGGUAUUCCUAGCACUUUGUUAUUUUUGUAAUACACAUUUUUUUUGUUAGUAAUCAUGUUGUUUACUGGUGUCACAGUACAUUAUAGCAGGUAGUUAAAGGACCAGCUUAAUGAAGUGGCCUGAGUGCCAGGUCCCCCAGGUUUUAACCCUGCAGCUGAAAACUUAGCAGUUUCAGAGAAACUGCUAUGUUUUCACUGCAGGGUUAAUCCAGCCUCUAGUGGCUGUCUCACUGAAGCCGACAUCGGAGGAGGAGGAGAGGUCACCAGCACCAAGGGAGCCAGGCGCUGGAUAAAGGUAAGUGGCUGAAGUAAGUGGCUGCGCGAGGGGGGGGGGGUCCUAAGGACUAUAUAGUAACAAGUUUGUUUUCCUGGCACUAUAGUGGUCCUUUAACGGUUUAACCCCAUAGUCUUCAAUAGGUCAUCCGUCAGCUCUGUCACUCCAACUCAGUUAAAUUCAGUAAUAGCUCAGUGACUUUCAGUUAUUUCAAAUUAAUGUGCAUUUUUCAUUUGGUGCCAGCCAAGAUAUGCUUUAAAAUCAGGAAUGGCAUGUAAAAUUAAGGAUUUGCAUAUUUAUCAAACUCCAAAUUUCAACUGGAUUCACUCUGAACAAACCCAGAAGACAAGCUAAGUCCACAGAGGUCUGCAAUACAAGCAUGCAGCUGGUAAAUGAUUAAAAUAAUAAUAAAAUAUGUUUUAGAAGUGAACAUAAAUUUGUUUUUAAUAAUUGGGGUACAUUGGAUCCUCCUACAGAGUUGAUUCGUUCAUUCAUGGAGAUUGCUAUCAAAUUAAUGCAAAUUACAGUUUAUAUUAGAAUUGGCAACUGGCUCCUUGCAAAUCCUCUCCAACGAGAUUGUAGAAUUUGUAUUGAGUUUGUAUUUAGGCAGACCGAAUUUAAAGUCCGACAGCUACCAAUUCUCUCUAAUUGUAAGUGCAUUAAGUGUUUGGUUGCGUAUUUUCAUAAUGUGGUUCUGAUUUCAGUCUUUAAGUCGUAUUCAGACAGGUGGACAUCCAGCCCCUAUUCUCUGUAAUUUGGAGGCUGUAUUGAAAAAUCUAGACAUGGUUAAAUCUUGAGAACGUUGAGGAUAUGUAUAAAAGUGUUCUGUUUAAAAAGUUGUAUUAAAAUAUUGUAGGGGAAGAGACACAUAUGGAAUGUUCCCCUCUGUUCUGCUGGUUUCCAGAAAUGCAAUCCAAUUUCUGGAUUUUUCAGGCCAGUCUCUGAGUUCAGUGGAUAAUGAGUGAUUACUGGAAUACAAAUCUGAAGAUGUUUAGCCAGAACGUUGAAACACUUGAAAUAGAAGCCCAGAGAAAACCAGGGGACGGUGGUUGCCAUUACUGACUCUGCUCACCAUUGCCUCAUUAAUAAUGCCAUAGAAUUUAUGAGACCAUCUGCUAUUUUAAACCUCUUAUUUUUCAGUGCAAACAAUUAAUGUCACCUACAAGAUGGUCCUGAAGAGCUUAUCACCUGGAGUUUGUGAGAAUCCUGAGACAUGCCAGGCACGUUGGCUCCAAGAGGUCAGUAUGGAUAGGUCCAACAGUAUAACUGAGAACAUGAAAUCAUGUGAACUGCUUAUAGUAAUCUGAUUUUUUUUAUUUGAUGUAUUUAAUGUUUGUUUGUUUUUUUGUUUUUUUUUAGGUGAAUACCUUAUACAAGUCUGUCCCUGGGUUUGAUGGAGUUCAGUUACCAAAUGUCACGUGAGUUAAGCAGUUACACUUGUCACAUUUGUGUCUGCACGAUCUAAUCCAUCUUGGUCCAUCAGAAGAUGCUCCAGUAUUUGAGCCUGUGUGAAGCUCUCUACAGCUCGAUUGGGUAGUUUAGGAAUUAGACAAGUUUUAACAACCAUGUUGGGAAAAACUGUUAACUAAUAAGAAAAAGAUCAUAGCCGUCAUUGUACAGCAACAUAUAAAAAUGUAUUUAUGUUGAAAUAUUGUAAUUACCCAAACACUGCUUGCUUAGAAUUCUUGGGAUGAAGAUCUUAAUUGUGAACCAGAUUUAGGACUGUAUUAACGUGACCUUAGCACCGGGACAUAAAAACUGACUCUGAAUUAGAACAUGGCCAACACAGGGACAGAAACCAGAUUUACAUCAUAUAGGGAGACUUCGUUCAUUCAUGUCCUAGGAUAGUAAAGUGUCUGAAUGGGUCAUUUUGAGUGUAGUUGCAACUGGGCCCCAGUCUCAGUGGACACUUUUGGUGCACCCGUCAUGUGAUGUGGGAGAGCAGAUGCAGCCAUCAGCUCAGUAGAUGAUAGAGCAGAGCCACACAAGAUGGUAAGGAAUAGGAUACACAUGGGUUCACCAGAGUUAUAAUUGAUAAUUAGAGUAAUAGUAUCAAUCUGAGUAAUGCUAUAUAUUAACAGACUUGUCCACAGUGGAAAUUUUUUAUUUGCCUGUAUGAAUUUGGACAAAAAUAGAAGAUUUUUCAUUUUGUCACGGAGUAUAAACCCUAACACGCAGAGUUUAGGAUCGCAAGGAACGGGCUAAUGAAAUAUAAACGUCUUACAGGACCUUAGAGUGGCCGGACUUAACGUUAGACAGAGAAAAGCCUAGUUGAAAUACAAGCCAAGGUCAGGGUAACGGAGAGACAGUGAAAACGAAAACUAGCCAGAGUCAGGUACACGGUAAAAAUCAGAUGGGCAAACAAGACAGGCAAGGGUUAACGAGGAACUCCAAGACAGAAAAUAAAGCCAAGGUCAAUAUCAGAAUACAAUACAAAUCACUAGAGAUGCACUAAAGGGUACUGGGAACAGAAACCACAAUAGGGCACAGAAUCUAUGGCCAGGUAAGUUUAAAUAUUUUUAUUUUUCAUUUGAUUGGUCCACGUCAUGCCUGCGCCCCAAAACGUGCGUGAAUGGGGGCGCCGAAAUGACAUGGGCCAAUGGGAGCCGACCGCAAGGUUAGGCUCCCAUUUCCCCUUUAAGAACGUGCUCGCAAUGCGAGCAGCGUUCCCAAUACUGUAAAGGCCACACGCCCGAUAAGACUGUUCGGUGCACGCGGUCGCCAAGGAGUUUGAGCCGCACCCGGCUUGUCUGAAGGCUGGAGUGCAGAGGACCCCUGCCUGCAUGCGGAAUGGUUAAGUACUGUUACACAUUUCAAGCGAUUUGUUCAGUAAGUCAUUCUUCCAUUGUUGAAAUUCAAAUAAAUGGAUAAACAAGACUGUUUUCUCAGAAUUGCGAUUCUUCUGAAAACUAAUGCCCAAGUCUUCAAAAUAAUACUAUUAACCUUAACAGAAAUGUAACUAAACACACCCCUUAAAAUCCUGGUGUUGUCCAUAAGGGUCUCCUUUUCUCUUCUAGGCUUCCAUGUAAAAGAUGGGGUCGAAGGCUACAGUAGCUCUAAAGGACUAACGAUGUUGACUGUUAACACACUACUGAGACUUCAUUGGUAUUCUUGUUUUAUGAAUCCACUCAAUACUACAACACAGUUUCUUGGGUAAUCAGGACAUAGUAUAUAGAUACUUUUGAAGUCCUCAGAGGGUCCUAAACUUGUUGUUUUUGGAUUUUAUUUUAUUUUUUGUAAUUGUAAACACUGGCCGGGCUUAAAUUCAGUAUGUUAUUAUUGAUAGUUGACAUGGUGACCCCUAUAAACCCAUUCAUGACUUCCUGGUGUUUUGACUCCAAUAUGAUACUUGAUCUGCUCAGAGGGAAUUAAUAAUGUCCCCAUUAAAGGGCGAAUUGGAGUCUGGUUUUAUUUAGAGACAGUGUGAGGUCUUCGCUAUACUUACUUGCAGAGAUAAUGCAUAAGUUAACACGUCAGAAUAAAUUUGUCCAAGACUUCCAGCCAAGUUAUGGGUUAACCAAGAAAAUGAAUUACUUGGGAUUUGUAGAUCUGUCAACGUCUCUCAUUCUGGAUUAGCCAGGAACAAGAGAACAUCCAGAACAAGACUUUGGCUACAUUAUAUUACAAACAGGAAUGGUGAAAAGGGUCUUCUGCUUACAGCUAUGCAGCGGAAACCCUUGGAAUAGUUCUAUGGAAUGUCCCGGGGGUCGUUUGCUGACUUCAUUUUAACUAGUGUCAGGAAGGAAGGGUUGUCUGGACCCUCUGACCCUGACGGAGAGAUUUGUGUAUGGCAUUCAUAGUUGUGACAGACGGCUGAUAAUGCUAGCCUUGUGUCUUGUCUCUCUCGCCUCUUGUGACGUCAUUUCUGCAGGCUUUGCUUAGUCUUCAUCUUGAUGACCUUGGCUCAUUCCUUUAGGCUGCAUGACCGUCUGUCAUAGUUUCCAAUAGUUUUUUUCUAGGUACCAAUUACUGUGUCCACCAAACACCACCAUGAGGUGACAGCUUAUAGAUUUUAUUUUUAUGUUACAAUAAAGAGGAAAUUAAAAACGAAAAUAUUGUUCUUUACAAGUAGGGGUUGUCCGUGCAUGCUGAGGAGUGACAAAAUAGCUUGUAGAAGCAGGAUAUUUGCAAUUUCCUUGUGAAUAAUGUAAUUAAAAAGAAAUGUACAAAUACAGAAGCAUUUCAAUGUAACAACCAGUGUCUUCACAGUUGGGAUGACCUCCUAUUGUUCUACAGAGAUAAGUGGAUUUCUGGCAGGGGUGUUGGAGGGAUUGUUUAAAUGAUGCAAGUUUGAGGCUUUCGAUCAAUUUCAAAUAUGAAGGUGUUUAAAUCUGUUUAUGUAUGGCAUAGUUUCUUGCCUCAACGAAUAGAAAUGUUAAUAGUAUUCUCUUUCAAUUGAGUCUCCACGGCACUAGAGAAUGCAUGUACACUAUAUAUUCAUCGAUUGUAGGCUUGUUUUAAAAGGGUCUUCUUCACCUCUUUUCUCUGUUAUAUUCUGUAUGAAAAUUACUUAAUGCCAAUUAUCCCCAAUUUAAAAUUGUAAAACCCUGUGGAAUAUGUUAGCGCUAUGUAAAUGAUAAUAAUAAUAAUAAUACACAGUUGCCAUUCCUACUGGGGGGGGGGGUCCUUAGUAAUGGGUUAGAAACUACCUUUUUUAACCCAAUCCUCGUAGAAGGAGUAUCACUUUAUCCCACUCCCUCUAUCGUGUAAGCUCAUUGAGCCGGGCCCUCAACUCCUCUGUUCCUGUGUGUCCAACUUAUCUGGUUACAACUUCAUGUUUGUUCGUCCACCCACGGUAAAGCACUGCGGAAUUUGUUCGCGCUAUAUAAAUAAUGUCAUAAUAAAAGGAUCAAUUAAAUUUAUAAUGACAAUCAAUAGUUCUGUUUUAAUGUGUCCCAACAUUUCUCCUUAGCCAUACUAGCAAUUGUGGCCUGUGCCACAGGUAAAUGAUGAAGUUUAACCACCAUUAGUGUCUUUUCAGGUGGAACAAUACGCUCCUGGAAUACCGAAUUCAGCUUGGCGUUCAUGUUGGGACUGCGAUGUCAGAGACUCAGGAGCUAGUCCUUAGUGACCCUCGCUGGCUUUUCGAAUCCUCACAAACCAUGGAGAACAGCCUUAGCUCCCAAAUUCACAGCAUCUCAAUUACAGGUCAGUACAUUGCAGACAGGGGGCAUGAUUCUAGACUACAGCUCCCUAAUUCUUGUGUACCUUUCACAAAAUGCCUCUGUGAAUUUUCAUUGUAUGAGCAGGGCCUACAUUUGAAGUCCUAUGCUACUAGCUAGGCCUUAAAGGAACCCUAAACCGUUUAGAAUGCACACCUGGAUUCCUAAUGCUUUAGUGUCCCUGUCCCCAGGUAUGUCCUUAAGCCAUUUAAAAUUAGGAAAUUAAAUUUUUUACUUACCUUUUUUUCCUGCACUGAGCCUCUUGUGGCAUUGCUUACCUCCCCGCCUUCCGUGACAUCAACAGUGAUAAUUAUAAUAAUAAUACCACUAUACAGUUGCCCGUUCCUACCAACGGUAUCCUUUAGGAGGGGAAAAAAAGGGUAUUUUUUGUGUGCUGACCUGUGCAAGUCAAGUGCCUUGAGCACACCCAGGAUUUCCCAAAGGAAAGUAUUGAAUCAAUACUUUCCUAUGGGGGCUUCCACGUCACAUGACCAACAUUACUCGGUCAAUGCCGCGUUAGCACUUCCGGUGGCUGUCAGUAUGACAAACACUAGAAGAGGAUUUAACAUUGUAAUGUAAACAUUGCAGUUUGUAAAAAAAACUGUUUUACAUUGCAGGAUUAAAAGGACAGAGACACCACACUCAGACUACUUAAAUUGACCUUUGAAGAUUCUUGGCAUUGCAAGGGGUGAAUUUCAUCUCGCCAGGGCAAAUACAAAAUUCACAAGUCAAUAGCCUGAUAUAAGACGUUAGCUAUAACUGCAGAGUAUCUGGGAGGAAGCUGGGUGACAUCAUCAGACUCCCUCUCCACCCAUCAGUCCCAGUGCUCUGUUUGGCUGCCUGUUGCCCCCACCCCUUGCGCUGAUUUGCCAGCCUUUUUAGCCAUCUUACAAUCUUGUAGAAUAACAUUAAUUUAUGUCAAAAAUAAUAACAUUAUGUAAAUAAAAAACAAAAACAUUUUUUUUAACAGAGCAAAAUGAUUUAAUAAAUAAAUAUAUUUGUUGCAAUGUUAAUUUGAAAAUCCUUUUGAAAUCAGAAUACUAACAUCACACUUACUAACCCGUUUUGUCAUGGAAAAUACCUGCACUCUACAUGGUGUCAUCAUUUAGACAGAUUGCAGUAUUUAUGGUAUGUGAUGAAUCAUGGGCAUUUUGCUGGCUCCAAGUGACAGUGAGACCUGAUGAUUAGAUUUUCUGACUUCCCGUUCUAACACUGGUAAUUUCUCUGCAGAGAGCUGACCCACUGACCUCCUCUACAUUCUCUCCCUCUCACUCCAAGUUUCCUCUGUAACUGGUUGCCUGUUACUAAUCGUAAAUUAAACCUUUUCCAAAUCACUUGCUACAGUCCUUUUUGCAAGCAGGCCCUUAAAUCAACUCAGUCAUCAAACAUUAAUAUACCACUAUAAAAUUAGGCUACUGCGCCAAUUAAAACGAAGUUAGUAUUGUUUUAGCAGCCCUGGUAAUACGAUAUUACCGCCUGCCGCCUCUGUAUUUGGUUUGUUACAUUUGUACAUUGUCCAUUUUACAGAAAAUAAAAGAUUGCAUAUAAUCUUUUAAUUAAUUUUUGGGGGAUCUAUUUUUAGCCCUAUUUAGUAAAAGGCACCCUUUAUUUGGUACAACCAUGCAGAGUUUGAAGAUCUGAUACCAUCCUAGAGUACAUUUUUGAGAUGCCCAGCGCUUGUACCUUAUGUCAGCAAUUGUGAACGCGCCUUAGCUCUUGAUUACCUGAAUGUCUUAGUCAGAUAAACUGCGUUUCUGGCCAAAGAGGUUUAAAGAUGGCUGCCACUGUAGAGCAAAAGUAAGCCAGUAGAUGCUCUGAAAAUAGGUAUUUAGUUACCUAUAUGUACACAUUACAAAACAACACACACAGAGGCAAUUGCAUUUUAGUUUAUUUAGUUUAGACAAAUGACUCACAGAGAGAAUAUGAGAGCAUUAUACAAAUAUAUUCAGUGCCAAUACAAACCACUGUCUGGAAAUCUGUUCAUAAACAGGACUACGCACGAGAUCACACAUUUAGAAAGGAGAUUUAGCCUAAGGCAAUGGAAAGGGUGUUUUUUACAGUAAGAACAAUAAGGAUAUGGAAUUCUCUGCCUGAAGAAGUGGUUUUAUCAGAGUUUUUACAGAUUUUUAAACCGCAACUGGAGCAAUACUUGCAUAAACAUAAUAUAGAGGGAUAUCAUUUUUAAUAAGUUUGCUAGCCGUUUUUUGUUCCAAGGAGAGCUCUGAUUGCCUUUCUUUUGUUUUUUUGUUCAAUUUUGGAUGAACAGCAGAAACAGAUGUGAGAAAUGCUGUACUUGAUGGCCUCUUAUUUUCAGCCUUUGUAACUAUGUUGCUUUGUAAUAUAUGUAACAUUUUAUAUCAUACUAAAAAUGAUGGCUGUUAUACUUUAAUAUAAUGACACUCCUUCUUACAUUCUCAAUAGUUGCCUUCCCAGCUACUGGUAACAUUUGAGACAUGCCAAUUACAUGAAACAUCACCUCAGGAAUUUCUGACCGUGCAAAGGCAAGGUUUUUUUAAACAGAACUUUUAGAACACAAUUUGCAGCUAAGGAGAGUGAAUAUAAAAUCGAUUUGUUUCAUAAAACCAGAGAUAAAGGUAAGGGCACCCACCCCCUUAAAAAUGUAAAACACCCAGAAUUUUAUUUAUAUUUAUUGCAUAUAAAAAGUGUGCACCCCACACAUAUAAACCCUGCACAUCAAAUUCAAACCCCUUUAUAUAAAACCCUGCACCCCAUCACAUAAAGUUCAUACCCCUACACAAAAAACCCUGCACCCACUUCACAAAGUUCAUACCGCCCCUACACAUAAAAUUCUGCACCCCCUACACAUCAAAUUCAUACACCCACCGUACACAUAAAACCCCUGCACACCCCCCUUUAUUUAAAAACCUGCACACCCCUUAAUUUAAAAACCUGCACACCCCCUUAAUAAAUAAAGCUCCCUGUACACCCCUUAAUUAAAAAACCCUGUACACCCCCUUAAAAACGAACCCUGCACACCCCUUAAUAAAAAAACCUGCACACCCCCCUUAAUUAAAAAAAAACCCUGCACACCCCUUAAUAAAAGAACCCUUGCACACCCCCCACAAAAAACCUGCACACCCCCUUAAUAAAUAAAACCCCGUACACCCCCUAAUAAAAACCCACCCCCUUAAUAAAAAAACCCUGCACGCCUCUUAAUAAAAAAAACCCUGCACACCCCCAUAAUAAAAAACCUGCACGCCCCCUUAAUUAAAAAAAACCUGCACACCCCCCUUAAUAAAAAAGAACCCUGCACACACCCCUUAAUAAAACGAACCCUGCACACACCCCUUAAUAAAAAACCUGCAUGCCCCCCUUAAUAAAAAAAUAAAAAAAAACCUGCACACCACCCCUUAAUUACAAAAAAAAACCUACACAACCCUGGAGAGUGACUCAUAACACUAGCAGUCAUGGCAUUCCCCCUAGUGAGUGGCAUCCAGGGCAGGCCACUCCCCCACCCCUCCAUUAGUAUGCCACUGACUAAAUAGAAAGAGGUGGUGGGGGAAGACAAAAUAAAUUGUUGUAUUAACUCAGAUACGGCAAAACUAUAAAAGAAAUAUUGGUGUCAGUAUUUAACCCCUUAAGGACACAUGACAUGUGUGACCUGUCAUGAUUCUCUUUUAUUCCAGACGUUUGGUCCUUAAGGGGUUAAAGUGAAUAUAACAAGUUCAUGUUAAGCAAUAGCAUAUUUAAGUGCUCUAUAAGACGUUAAAUACUUACACCUUCUCCAGCACAGACUCCAUCUUGUCGAGACAAUGCUGUGUUACAAACUUCCAUUUUAGAAAAGUUUGCUCUCUGUUUUGUCCUGAUUUGAGGCGCCCACGGCGCGCCCUGCGACUUCUGACACUUUCCACCCACUAUCCUUUCCCCAGAGAAACACGCUGAGCCGUGUACAGACUGGUUCUCCUGUCCUGCCGGAUUCCAGUGCGUACCAGUGAGAAAACUUGGAGCUCGAUGUCAGUCUCCUUGCCACGGGCUUUUCUGCCACAACCACGGAAUCUGCAUCCACCGCAGAGGUCAAGAUCCAGAAUGCCAGUGAGUAGCAAAAUAAUAUCACCUUGAUAUCGCACACAUAUAUUAAAUAACAAUACACAGUGUAUUAUGGGGAAAAAAUGGCAUCACCGGAUCUUGGAGACUUCAUAAUGAACAACAAAACCAAAACAGUGAUAUCGAGUUUAUAAAUGAGCUGGAACCCCGAUGUGGUAUUUUUUCGCUUAAUAUAUGCUUCAUCAUUAUGUAUCUUCUAUAUUACAUGAUAUAAAAUAAAGUGUUGUGUUAGGUUUCAUGGUGUUUCUCCACUCUUCUACCACCGUAUAGUUUUUGGUGGAGGGCUAAAAUAAUCGUGGCAGUUUCUGUCCUGAAGUAAAACUCCCACCAGACCAGAACAUGUGUGCCUUGACAUUGCCCUGAGAGUAGGACAUCUGAGCGGUGUGGAAUACUGCACAGAGGAUCUGCCCUUUUAAAUAACAAGCUGAUCAUAUGUAUAUUUAGUGUAUGUAACAUAAACACUAAAUGGCAAGGAAGCACUUACAGCUAUUUAGAAAACGUGUAUAUUUUAAAAACUGCCGUGCAACUAACUAAAUUAGUAAAAUUCUGAGUUUGAUGACCUGGGUGAAAAGCAGUGCCAAUUUUAGUCUCAUUGAGUGAUGACUUUGUCUCUCUACCUGACUUAGCUUGGCACACAUUUUGUUUAGCUUGUCAGAAAGAUUGUUAUUGUUUUUAAUAUUUUGCUGUCCUGGGCAGGUGCCCGAUUGGAAGGGAUUUCUGGUACAUGGGACAGACUUGCGAUUACCGAAUGACUCAUCAUCGGCUGGCUGCCAUUGCCUGCGCAGUGGUGUUCUGCAUCAUCAUUAGUGCUGCGGCGGCAGUGUUCAUUCUUGUCCGCCGAUUUCAGACUCAGAUCCUUCAGCAAAAAGUGGCUCAGACACAAAGCAGGUAACCAAUAUGAAUAAUUGUAACCAGAAUAUUACACUUAAUUGUUCUCGGAACGAUUACAGUGGCCAGAUUACGUUGCGUAAAAAGUACUAUGAGAUAAAUUCCAGCGUCAUUAUCUGAUCAAUAAUGUUUUAUUUUUGGCCAGUAUAGCGCAAGUGUUUUCAAAAUCAAAAAAUGACACAAACUUUUAUUUCAGUAACCUUGCUAAAGUUAGAAAUUGUUCGCGUAAAACUGAACUUAAAUGUAUUCAUCUUUAAUCACACAGUCCUCAAAACUCUAAGAAUGUUUUAGUUCAUUCCCAAACACAUGUUUUGGAACUUCAAUUCUCAUAAAUCAACAUACAUAUCUUCAUGACAACUGAGAUCUCCCGAAGCAUCGAUGUAAUGUUUGUGGACACUGUACAAGAUCCAUGUGUAACACAAUCUAAUCAAGUGUUUUUGAGGUGCAUUCUGAGGUGCCAUUGGCUGAGGGUUUUGGGGGUUUAUUCCAAGGAAAAUUGAAUAAUCAAUCGACUGUUCUGAUAAAAACAAACAAACAAAAUCUGCAUUGGUUAUUGUUGGAUUUCUGCUGAACCCACUCAUUUCAGAACCAUUAAAAUAACUGUCGGACAAAUGUUGUCUGUUUCUAACAAACUGUUCUGUAGGUUUGUCGUCACUCGUUUUUACUGACCUCUGCCUAGGUGUGUGAUUGGUGUUCAGACUAUGCGUUCAUUUUGUUCACAGUUACAGACGGUUUAGUCGUUUCGAUGACGUCCCCACCCAUUUCUGGUGUCCAUCUCAGACAUGGCUGACUGCUUCGGCUUCUCUCAAUUCCCUCGAUAAUCCAGCCUUCAGCAGUUCGGAGGAAGUGUUCCCCCUGCAAGCUCUGGGGAGCUGUGUGUGCGGCUGUCAAGAACGGGCCCCGAGCUGUGCCCAGACCAACCCACCACAACCACCUGCCCAUGUUCUACCCAGGUAACACAUGCUUAUUGAUUAUUACCAAAUGUCACUGUGAUGCCAUUUUAAUCAGUUCCCUAGCUAGAAACACCUCCACAAUAGCUCCGUAGUUCUUUAAGGUAAGAAAAGGUGAAAUCGCAUUUCUUUCAAUUUUCUGUCUUUUGAAGAAGUGGUUGAAUGUGAGGAGUUAGACAAAAGCUGGAGUCCUGCAUCAAAUAAUCGAUAUCGUAAUUCGAUUAUUGAUAAUGCCGCAAAAUAUCCUACAGAACUGUACAUUGGCCAGAUAAAACAUUUAUAAAACUGGUAACAGGCUAAGCACUCAGGAACGUGUACAGAGGAGUAUGACCCAAUUCCAGUGAACGUCCAGACAGGCAGGUUUCUUAACUAGUGCGAAUGGUUAGUAAUUCAAAGUGAAGUUCAAAUUUUAGGUCAAAAUAGCUAAUAUUUGGCAAUCAAGAAGGCUACAAACCUUACCUACUAUAGAGCAAUCAAAAUGGGUCAGAAAAACAAGAAGCCCAAAGCCGGCAAAGACUUCCCAAGCCGGGACAUCGGGGAACUGUUCCGCAACAAAUAACAUGCUGCGUGGGACAAGAUGGCGGCCUUCGAGGAGGGUUCCUCUUAUUCCUCAGAGGGCUAUUCCGUUGACCCGGUGGAAGGUGCUGCCGCCAAUCUAAAUGCGGGACCCCUACAUACUUUACCCUGAAUAGGGCUAAAACAUACAAAUCACCUUGCUGGUAUCAGCUAAAAGGCAAAUUUCUCUGAUGAGACAGGAAGGGGUGCUGCCCCUACAUACUUAUAAAGUCUUAAUAAGACAAACGUGGGCCUAUUCAGCCCUAUUCAGGGUAAAGUAUGUAGGGGUUUAUAAAACACCCUUUCAUGUCUCAUUAGAGACGUCUAUACUUUGUCUGAUGCCAGCAAAGUUUAUUGAAUGUGUAGAAGCCCUAUAAAGGGUUAAAUGUUAAAGGGUUUAUAAAACACCCCUUUCUGUCUCACUUUGCCUGAUAUCAGCAAAGUUUAUUGUAUGUGCAGAAGCCCUAUAAAGGGUUAAAUGUUAAAGGGUUUAUAAAAUACCCCUUCCUGUCUCACUGGAGACUCUUGGCCGAUAUCAGCAUAUCUAAUGGCUAGUGUAGGAACUCACCUAUUGAGGCUUGCCUUGACGUGGCUGGUGAGCUUAUAUAUUCAAAUGGCCAUUAGAAUAAAACUAAAGAGCCUCCAUUUUUGUUUAAAUGCACAUGGGGAUUUAGGCCAGAGCGCAGGUAACGUUUUUACCUAUCACUGGGGAAUGCCGAGGUCUCCUAUAUCAGGUGCAGGGGGAAUCUUGUUGAGUGCGCACCCUGCAAGAACUCGAGGACCACCUAAGCAGGCUGGGCUUUAUUUCUCCUGACACUGCCUCUGGAUCAGGACUGGCACGCAUAGACCCCGCUAGAAUACAAGAGUUCAUACCACGCACUGCUCGGGACCCCCCAACAUCCUGACGUACAACCUGAAGCAGAAGUCUGCUUGGAAAUGACAGCCUCUCACUAUAGCGGGACUUACCUAAUGAUACCAUCUAACUAGUCCAUUUAUGCCUAUUAUUGCCUCAUCAUACUGUUUUGUUUUUUGUCCUAAAGACCCACAUAUACACAACAACGACGACGACACAUAGUCACAUACCGGGGAAGUCCCCCCACACCCUACGCAGGUGUUUAACCAGCUCGGAGAACUGACCACACCGGUCCCUACCAUUUUGGUGCUCUUCACCAUGCAUGACAUGUAAGCAUACAAACCCCCCCCCCCUCUGGUAUCACCCUAACGGGUUCCUGCCUCUACAGAGGAGAGAGGGAGACCCCAUAAGCGUUGGCUCUACAUUAACAGCUCUCACUACAGUUCACUACACCACUACUGGGAUGCCUCUCGGACACUUACUUUCCCUUAUAAAAAUUUUUUUUUCUGUUUACUCUCUCUCUCAUGCACUGAGCUAUACAUGAUUGUCUUUAACGUAAGUCUAGUACAGAUAAUAACGUUAAUAGCCAAUACGAGAGUUUCACCCUCCAUGACCAGUUAUCACCUAAUUUUUUUGUUCACCUUGUACCCCAAUAUGCCAUCAUACGCAUGCUCACCCUGACAACUUAAUACAAAAUCUGUGCAAUGUCUUUAAUGCCAUAAUGUUGAUUUCAUGUGUACAUCGUUUGGUUUGCUCCUGCUGUUGUGGCAAGGCAAACCCAUUUGUUAAUAACAUGCACAAAUAAAAUAAAGAAUUAAAAAAAAAAAAUACAUAGCCAAGAGCUUAAAUAACCACUGCACGUCACCUAUGAAACGAUACCUCUCUCGGUUUGCUUAGUAAAUAGACACUUGGAUAGCAUCGAUCCGCUACUAAACGUGCAGAGAGAGGUAACGGCCCACGCAGUACAGAACCCGAGGGGUUAAGUCAUCACAAAACACAACUUAGACCUAGUUACCUCGCUUGCAGAGGUAUCCAGAGUAUGCAGGAGUUCUGCUUUGUGAUUGGUUGAGCUGUUGUCAUGGAAACCUUUCCUCCGCACUGAUCGCAGCGUCGACUUCUGUUCUGUAUAUGUUAAAGGCAGCAUUAGUGAGUGAGGGGGAGAAAGGGGGGAACAGAACAGGUCAAUGGGAGUGUGGGAGAGACCCCCACUGCUACAGCUGGCGCUCGGCAAACAUGUUGGUUCUCUGGAACAAGGAUGCUUGGCGACCUUUCAUAAAUGUGCAUUAUGUUUAGUUUUUAUUAAUAUCACAGCACAUGCUUAAUACUUUCUGGAUUGGCUAUUUUUACCUCCAUUCUUCUAGCCGCUUGUCUGCCUCCCCCACAAAUAAAUAAAUAAAAUUGCAUUAUUUUAACAGCAAUGGGAGCUGGUUGUAAGAACUCGGUUAGUUCUAGUUAUGGGGUGCAUAGGGUGAGGGUACAUUUCAUCAUUAAAUAUUAAAUAAAAAUGACCCACGUUUACAUUUAGAAGAUUAUCCUCAUGAGUUUGGGGGGCACUGCAUUCAGGAUUUAACGGUCAUCAUCUUUAUCUCAAACACUACAAUGACACAGUGCUAUCAUUAAUGUAAUGUCAUUAUGAUGUCACUAAUGGCAUAGUGCUAUUAUUAAUGUAAUGCCAUUAUGAUGUCACUGCAAUAGCUUUAUAGCUCUUUUUUUUAUUUAUGUAGUGUCAUUAUGAUGUCACUAUAAUGACACUGUUAUUAUUUAUGUAAUACCAUUUUGAUGUCAUUGUAAUAUAUCUGUGCUGUUACUGUAAUGCCAUUAUGAUGUCACUGUAAUAGCACAAAGAUAUGAUUAAGGCAAUGCCAUUAUGAUGUCACUGUAAUAGCUCUGUACCAUUAUGAUGUCACUGUAAUAGCACCGUGCUAUUAUUAAUGUAAUGGUACUGUCUGUAAUGUAGUGCCAUUAUGAGGUCACUGUGAUAGUUCUGUGUUAUUAUUAAUGUAUCGCCAUUAUGAUGUCACUGUCGGUGCUAUUAUUAAAGGAACACUAUAGGGUCAGGAACACAAACAUGUAUUCCUGACCCUAUAGUGUUAAACACACCAUCGAGCCCCCCUGGCCUUCCCCUUGCCUUCUAAAAAUGGUAUAAUAUUUACUUUAUUUCUGCCUGCUUCUGCUGGCUCUGACCCUGAUCUGUCUGUUUGGCUGACAUCAUCAGAAGUGGUGAUCUGAGCCAAUCACAAUGCUUUCACAUAGAAAAAACAUUGAAUUGGCUGAGAUUGUCAAGGAGGCAGAUCAGUCUGAAAAUACAGGGUUUACUGCAAAAAACCUGAAGGUAAUGAUUCUACUCAUUAGAACAAAUACACAAUUAUAUCCUAAGCCACAACUGUUAUUUCUUGUUUAUAUCGAUACAUGCUACUGCUGUUGUGGCAAGGCAUGAAAGCUUGUUAUAUUAACUCAUGCACAAAGAAAAUAAAGAAUUAAAAACAAAAACAAAGAACAAAUACAAUAAGCUGUAGUUGUUUUGGUGACUAUAGUGUCCAACUCCAAGCACAGCCUACACAAUCAAACACUAUUCCUGACUCUGUGAUGUGUGUUUAAUGGGGCCGCAGGAUAGAGAAACACAGCAGGGAGGUGAGGUUGUAGAGAAAGUUCAGCAUCUCCAUACAGAGGGUGCACAUUGUUCAGCACGAUCACAGGAAGCACCUCUAAUGGCCAUCUAGGCAGUGUUUACAUUAAAAAGCCUGCAGAUACAUACUAUAGUCACCAGAACAACUACCUUAAGCUGUGCUAUUAUUUAUGUAGUGCCUUGGGAUGUCACUGUAAUGAAACUGUGCUAUAAGUAAUGUAAUGCCAAUAUGAUGUCACUGUACGGCACAGUGCUUUUAUUAAUGUACUGUCAUUACGAUAUCACUGUAAUAGCUCUGCGCCAAUAUGAGGUCACUGUAAUGGUGCCCUGCUAUUAUUAAUGUAAUGCCAUUAUGAUGUCACUGUAAGGCAGUGGAAGCUUAUCCAUAGGGGCACUACUAUUUGUAGUAGUUUAGAAACACAGAUUCUUUUUCUGGAGGGGAGAGUCGUAAGCGAUAAAUAUGUGGAAAAAUGUACGCAAAUAUAUAAUUAAUAAAGAGAAAGCCAUGGCAGCUCAGGGAAGAAAAUGCUAGAAAUUUCUGUCCAAUAUCACUGUGCUAUCUGUCAAUAAAAGUAUUAAUAUCUCCUAUGCACACACUCCUCUUCUUUAUAGGGCUCAGUCACUCUACAGCUGAUACCUGAGGCACUCAUGCUGUGAUGAGUCAACAGGUUGUGAAGCUUCAAAUUACAGGACUGGGGCUGUGACUCUGAGGACUGAUCUGAUUCUGAUUUCAGUAUGUUUUAAUCUGUAAUGAUUGUUAAUUGUGUUAACCAUGUCAGCUACAUCUUGGCUUCAUAUUACCACUGCAGAUUAAUUAUACCGGUAUCCUGCUGCUUUAUCCCUAUGUGCACAUGUGCUGAGAGCUAAUAGUGAGUCAGGAGUAACUGAGAUGAUUGGAGUCUAUCAGUAUCUUGAUGCUUUAACCAUGUGCACACUGUGUGCUGAGAGCUAACAGAGUAGCUGACAUGUUUCAUAACAGCAGCAAUAUUUAAUAGAAAGUUAAAGUUAUAGCACAAGCUCAAGUAAUGGAGAGCCAAGAGAGAGCUAGGAAGAUAGAGAGAGAGAGCUGGACCAUUAUAUAGUGACAUGUACUGUGUGGGGGAUCUCUACGUUGCAGCUCUGUGUAAUCCAUCACAGUGAUCCUAGCUGUGUGGGAUAGCUAUAAGUUUCUCACUAUUGUGCCCAGCUCGGUGUGUAAUUUCUCUGUAUUUAACUUAGAUCUACCUGUUGUGAAGGUAUCUCUGUAGUCUACCCAACUCUGUGUAUUCUAUAGGUAUCUCUGUACUCUACCCAGCUCUGUGUAUUGUACAGGUAUCUCUCACACACACACACAAUGCAAUCCUUACACAUAUACACAGAAACACACAAUGCAUCCCUUACACACACAUGCAAACACACACUGCUUCUCUUACACACACACAGGGGGCGGCAUAAAUCCUUGCACCGGCCCUGUCUGUACUCUACCCAACUCUGUGUAUUGUAUAGGUAUCUCUGUACUCUACCCAACUCUGUGUAUUGUAUAGGUAUCUCUGUACUCUACCCAGCUCUGUGUAUUGUACGGGUAUCUUUGUAUGGUACCCAGCUCUGUGUAUUGUAUAGGUAUCUCUGUACUCUACCCAGCUCUGUGUAUUGUACGCAGGGCCGGACUGGCCCACCGGGAUACCGGGAAAUUUCCUGGUGGGCCGCGGCACCUGGGGCCGGUCUGACAGCCCUGAUCAUUGGGCUGACAGCUCCUGUGAUCCCGGCCGGCCAUGUGGAGCUGUGGGCCGCACAGAGCCCCAUGGGAGCAGGGGGAGCCAGGCGGCCGGCACAGCUCACACAUGGUCGGCCGGGAUCAUUAAAAAAAAAAAUAAUAAAUGCGGUGGGGGUGUGGCUUGCAUGCGGCGGGGCGGAGCUAGGCGUGCGGCGGGGCGGAGUUAAGCGUGCGGCGGGGGCCUGGCUGAGGGAAGAAGCAGGUCAGUGUGUGAGUGUGUGACUGUCUGUGAGAGUGUGUGACUGUGUGAGUGUGUGACUGUCUGUGAGAGUGUGUGACUGUGUGAGUGUGUGACUGUCUGUGAGAGUGUGUGACUGUGUGAGUGUGUGACUGUCUGUGUGUGCAUGACUGUCUGCCUGUGUGUGACUGUCUGUGUGUGCGUGACUGUGUGUCUGCCUGUCUUUGUAUGUGUGGGUGUUUGCCUCGGUGUCAGUGACUGUCUGCCGGUGUGUGUGUGUGUGUGUGGCUGUCUGCCUGGGUGUCAGUGACUGUCUGCCUGGGUGUCAGUGACUGCCUGCAUCUGUGUGUGUGCGCGCAUCUGCUAGUGAGGGAGCCUCUGUGUGUGUGUGUGCCUGCUAGUGAGUUUGUGUGUGUGUGUGUGUGUGUGUGCCUGCUAGUGAGUGAGCUUGCAUGUGUGUCAGUGAGCUUGUCUGUAAGGAUCAUAUGUGUGUGUGUGUUAGUGAGCUUGUCUGUAAGGAGCAUGGGUGUGUCGGAGCCUGUCGGUGGUGAGCAUGUGUGUACAGUGAGCUUGUCUGUAGUAAGCAUGAGUGUGAUCGUGAGCUUGUCUGUAGUGACCAUAUGUGUGUCAGUGAGCUUGUCUGUAGUGAGCAUGUGUAUAUCAGUGAGCUUGUCUGUAGUGAAUCUGUGUGUUAGUGAGCUCUUCUGUAGGGAGCAUCUGUGUCAAUGGGCUUGUCUGUAGGGAGAGUUUGUGCGCAUCAGCGAGCUUGUCUAUAGUAAGCUUGUGUGUGUGUAUCAGAGUUUGUCUGUACUAAAGUUGUGUGUGUGCCAGUAACCUUGUCUGUGUGUGUCAUUGUCUAUCAAUGAGCCUAUUUGUGUGCAUCAGUAAGAUUGUCUGUGUGUGUGUGAGUAUACUUUACUGUAUAAUUUAAUUUCCCUAAAAUAACUAAUAUUUUGAAUUAGAAGAAGAAAUGUAUCAAUAAUAAAAAAAUUAUAUAUAUAUAUAUAAUUCCCUCAUUAAAAAAUAAUAAAUGCGGUGGGGGUGUGGCUUGCGUGCGGCGGGGCAGAGCUAGGCGUGCGGCGGGGCGCCCGCUUCACGCGAAGCUCCGCCCCGCCGCACGCCUAGCUCCGCCCCGCCGCACGCAAGCCACACCCCCACCGCAUUUAUUAUUUUUUUUAAUGAUCCCGGCCGACCAUGUGUGAGCUGUGCCGGCCGCCUGGCUCCCCCUGCUCCCAUGGGGCUCUGUGCGGCCCACAGCUCCACAUGGCCGGCCGGGUUCACAGGAGCUGUCAGCCCAAUGAUUAGGGCUGUCAGACCGGCCCCAGGUGCCGCGGCCCACCAGGAAAUUUAUAUACACACAUAUAUAUACACACUGUUGCAUCACCAGGGCUCCAGUAUCCAGUAUAUAUAUAUAGGCAAUUGAAAUAGUUGGCUGCACUCUCGGAUUUCCUUAAAAUUUAACUUUUAUUUAAAUAUUUAAGAGAAGAUCAACGUUUCAGUCCCUCUUGUGGACUUGCAUCAGGAUCAUGACGAAAGUCCACAAGAGGGACUGAAACAUUAGAAACAUAGAAACAUAGAAUGUGACGGCAGAUAAGAACCAUUCGGCCCAUCUAGUCUGCCCAAUUUUCUAAAUACUUUCAUUAGUCCCUAGUCUUAUCUUAUAGUUAGGAUAGCCUUAUGCCUAUCCCACGCAUGCUUAAACUCCUUUACUGUGUUAACCUCUACCACUUCAGCUGGAAGGCUAUUCCAUGCAUCCACUACCCUCUCAGUAAAGUAAUACUUCCUGAUAUUAUUUUUAAACCUUUGUCCCUCUAAUUUAAGACUAUGUCCUCUUGUUGUGGUAGUUUUUCUUCUUUUAAAUAUAGUCUCCUCCUUUACUGUGUUGAUUCCCUUUAUAUAUUUAAAUGUUUCUAUCAUAUCCCCCCUGUCUCGUCUUUCCUCCAAGCUAUACAUGUUAAGAUCCUUUAACCUUUCCUGGUAAGUUUUAUCCCGCAAUCCAUGAACCAGUUUAGUAGCCCUUCUCUGAACCCUCUCUAAGGUAUCAAUAUCCUUCUGAAGAUACGGUCUCCAGUACUGUGUACAAUACUCCAAGUGAGGUCUCACCAGUGUUCUGUACAAUGUCAUGAGCACUUCCCUCUUUCUACUGCUAAUACCUCUCCCUAUACAACCAAGCAUUCUGCUAGCAUUUCCUGCUGCUCUAUUACAUUGUCUGCCUACCUUUAAGUCAUCAGAAAUAAUCACCCCUAUAUAUAUAUAUAAAUAUAAAAACAUUGAUCUUCUCUUAAAUAUUUCAAUAAAAGUUACAUUUUCAGGAAAUCCGAGAGUGCAGCCAACUAUUUCAAUUGUGUGUAUAUAUAUAUAUAUAUAUAUAUAUAUAUAUAUAUAUAUAUAUAUAUAUAUAUAUAUAUAAAAACACCCUACAUAGCACAAUGACUUAUGGGGCUGGCAUAGAUUUUUUUCCAGGGCUGCUUCGUAUCCCCAGUCCGGCCCUGAUUGUACGGGUAUCUUUGUAUGGUACCCAGCUCUGUGUAUUGUAUAGGUAUCUCUGUAUGGUGCCCAGCUGUGUAUUGUAUAGGUAUCUCUGUACUCUACCCAACUCUGUGUAUUGUACAGGUAUCUAUGUACUCUACCCAGCUCUGUGUAUUAUACAGGUAUCUCUGUACUCUACCUAGCUCUGUGUAUUGUACAGGUAUCUCUGUACUCUACCUAGCUCUGUGUAUUGUAUAGGUAUCUCUGUAUGGUGCCCAGCUCUGUGUAUUGUAUAGGUAUCUCUGUAUGGUGCCCAGCUGUGUAUUGUAUAGGUAUCUAUGUACUCUACCCAGCUCUGUGUAUUGUACAGGUAUCUAUGUACUCUACCCAGCUCUGUGUAUUGUACAGGUAUCUCUGUACUCUACCUAGCUCUGUGUAUUGUACAGGUAUCUCUGUACUCUACCUAGCUCUGUGUAUUGUAUAGGUAUCUCUGUAUGGUGCCUAGCUCUGUGUAUUGUAUAGGUAUCUCUGUAUGGUGCCCAGCUGUGUAUUGUAUCUCUUUUUUUUUCUCAGCUCUGUUUGUGGCAUGGUUAUCUCUGUAUUGUACACAGCUCUAUGAAUUUUAUAGAUAUCUUUCUGUUGUGUCCAGCUGGUUAUAUUGUAUGAGUAUCUCUGUAUUAUGCUCAGCUCACUGGAUUAUAUAGGGAGGAGUGUAAUUCUGCGGGAGGAGUCUGGCGCCCCACCUUAAACCUUCACCAGCCGCCUCUACUGUAACGAAGCAGUGCUUUUAAUAAUGUAAUGUCAUUAUGAUGUCACUGUAAUAGCUCUGUGCUAUUAUUUAUGUAAUGCCGUUAUGAUUAGCCACAUCGUAAAAACAACAUUUUCAACUGUUUAACGGUGAUACUAUAAUAGUGUGAUAGCUCAGUGGUUAAUACUCUGGCAGCAGUGAGGUUGUCCUAGCCUUUCACCAUUCAAGCGUUUGAUAAACCGUUACAUGGGCUGCUGUGACACUACAAGGGACAAGCUGAUAUUUUACAUAAUUUAAGCGUCUCGGAAAAUUCUUAUACGCACAGCAGUUUACAACCUCAUACAUAACAGUGAGUCGUGACUAUAGAGUUAGGAAGUUCUCAGGGUUUCUCGGUACUAUAGCAAUAUGUGUGCUAUACAAAUGUGGGAAAUAAAUGUAUUAACUAUAAAAAUCUUGUAGCAGUAUAGUGAAUUUAAAAAGUAUAGUGUACCCAUAAAUAAAUUAAAUUAUAUACAUGGACUAAACUAUUUGUACAAACCUUUUUAAAUAUCUUGGUUUUCAUUCCGCAGCAAUAAAACUCACAGUAAUGUGUAGUGUGUAUCAUAUAUCACAGAGCUCCACAGCAAUAACACUCACAGUAAUGUUGCAGUGUGUAUCAUAUAUCACAGAGCUCCACAGCAAUAACACUCAGUCAUUAUUAUUAUUACUGGUAUUUAUAUAGCUCCAGCAUAUUCCAUAGCGCUUAACAAUAUUAUUAAAGGGGGAGAUUUAACAAUAAAUCAGACAAUUACAAAAACUUAUAGGAAUAAAAGGUUGAAUAGGUGGGGUGUAAAACACAACCGGACAGGAUGUAGCAAUCAAACAAGGUGGGCGUGAAGCAGAGCGCAAGGGACAGGUACGUGAGGUAGAGGUUAGUCUGGGAGGCCAUGAGCUUUCCUAAAGAGAUGGGUUUCGAGGCACUUUUUAAACAAUUGAAGACUAGGGGAGAUUCUGAUGGCGGUAGGCAGGCUAUUCCAUAGGAAGGGAGCCACCCGCGAGAAGUCCUGCAAGCGUGAGUUGGCUGUACGGGUGCGAGCAGAGGACAGGAGAAGGUCAUGGGCAGAGCGGAGAGUAAUGUGCAGUGUGUAUGAUAUAGUACAGAGCUCCACAACAAUAAAACUCACAAUAAUUUGCAGUGUGUAUAUGAGAAUAUCACAGAGCUCUAUAUCAAUAACACUCACAGUAAUGUGCAGUGUGUAUGAUAUCACAGAGCUCCACAGCAAUAAAACUCACAGUAAUGUGCAGUGUAUGAUAGGAGUAUCACAGAGCUCCACAGCAAUAAAACUCACAGUAAUGUGCAGUGUGUAUAUGAUAUGAUAUGAUAAUAUCAGAGCUCCAUAGCAAUAAAACUCAGUCAUGUGCAGUGUGUAUUAUAUAUCACAGAGCUCCAUAGCAAUAAAACACAGUAAUGUGCAGUGUGUAUGAUAUGAGAAUAUCACAGAGCUCCAUAACAUUAAAACUCAGUCAUGUGCAUUGUGUAUUAUGCAUCACAGAGCUCCAUAGCAAUAAAACUCACAGUAAUGUUCACUGUGUAUGAUAUAUCACAGAGCUCCACAGCAAUAAAACACAGUAAUGUGCAGUGUGUAUGAUAGGAGUAUUUCACAGGAUUACACAGUUCAAAAACUCAGAUUAAUGUGAAGUGUGUAUGAGGGUAUGACAGAGCUCCACAGCAAUAAAAACUCACAGUAAUCUGUGUCGAUAUAAAAUAUCUGUAUAUAAUGCAAACACGCACAAACACAUUAAGCUACAGAAAUUGAUGUGUGUUUGUCAGUCCUUGGCACUCACAAUGUUAACAGAGAUUGGUUUAAUAGAUUGCUGUGAUUUUAGCCGCUUAAUUAAAGCCUCAUCUCCCUGCUGUGUUUCUCUAUCCUCCGGCCCCAUUAAACACACAUCACAGAGUCAGGAAUAGUGUUUGAUUGUGUAAGGGAUAAAUCAAUCCGUACUCAGCAGGCUGUGCUGGUCCUGUGCUUGGAGUUACAGCGUCUGCCUGUUGAAUCUUCUGUAAAUCAAUGUGAACACACUGUCACCUGGCUACUAACAGGCCUGUCUGUAGGAGGUCGCCUCUAUAACAGAGAGCCUGUUCUUCAGGGUUUAUGGAAUCAUUUAAAGCCAACUAGUUCAGGUUCAAUCACUCAAAUUAAAGGGACACUAUAGUCAUCAGAACAACUACAGCUUAAAGGACCACUAUAGGCACCCAGACCACUUCAGCUUAAUGAGGUGGUCUGGGUGCCAGGUCCAUCUAGGGUUAACCCUUUUUUAUAAACAUAGCAGUUUCAGAGAAACUGCUAUGUUUAUAAAUGGGUUAGUCCAGCCUAUAGUGGCUGUCUCAUUGACAGCCGCUAGAGGGCUUCUGCGCUUCUCACCGUGAUUUUCACAGUGAGAAGACUCCAGCGUCCAUAGGAAGGCAUUGUGAAUGCUUUCCUAUGGACUGGCUGAAUGCGCGCGCGGCUCCUGCCGCGCAUGCGCAUUCAGCCGAAGAGGCGGAGAGGAGGAGAGCUCCCUGCCCGGCGCUGGAGAAAGAGGUAAGUUUAACCCCUUCCUCACCCUAGAGCCCGGCGGGAGGAGGACACUGAGGGUGGGGGCACCCUCAGGGCACUAUAGUGCCAGGAAAACGAGUAUGUUUUCCUGGCACUAUAGUGGUCCUUUAAUGUAUUUGUUCUAAUGAGUAGGAUCAUUAUCUUUGGGCUUUUUGCUGUAAACACUGUCUUUUCAGCCUAGGGAUACCUCCUGUGGUCACUUCUCAGAUAGUCAUUAGAAGUGUUUCCUGGGGUAGUGCUGCACAGUGAGACUGACAUUCAGUAUCUUCCUCCCUCUGCACGGAAAUCCUGAACUUUCAUCAUAGAGAUACAUUGAUUCAUUGCAUCUCUAUGAGGAGCUGCUGAUUGGCCAGGGUGGUGUUUGGCCACACCUCCAUCCCACCUUCUUGCCAAUUUGAGCCAAUCCAAUGCUCUCCCUAUGGGAUAGCAUUGGAUUGGUUAGGAAUCAUAAAUUCUGAUGAUGUCUGCAAGGAGGCAGAUGGGGGGGCUGGGGACAGCUCUGGCUGACCCACGCGGUGCUGAAAAUAAAGUAUGUUUUAUUAUAUUUUAAUGGGGUGGGGGGUCGGGGGGGCAAGCCACCUAAAUGGUGGUUUUAACACCGUAGGGUCAUGAAUACAUGUUUGUGUUCCUGGCCCUGUAGUGUGUUCCUUUAACGGUCUGUUGCCUGGUAUCCAAAACUAGCUUGAGUUGUUAUGUUGUAUAAACUUGAAGGAUUAUUUACUAAAGUGAGAAUUAUCGGGAAUUCAAAGAGAAUCUUACAUUUAAUGCUUGAAUUGGAUCGAGCGCGGUCAGAGAAGCGUUGGUUGGUUUGGAUUGCUUACAUCAAUUUCCUUUGGUGUAUUUUGGAGCCCACCAUAAAUUAUUGAUCAAGCAAGGGCGCAGGGCACUUUAUGGUUCAAGCCAUGCCGCACACGCUUCUAUUGCUUUAUGAAUUUCCAGAGAUCAGGGGAAGCGGUGGCAUAACCCCAGACAUUAAAAGACACAUUUCAAAGUGGGACUGCCCUGGCAGGUCCGGGAGAGUUGGUAACUAUUGUCUAUUGAGUGGAUGUUAUAAUAAGCAGAAGAAAAUCACACUAGAUUACGAUUAGCCGCACGUUCCCAACAGAAACAUACCGUUGAUUUUACUGUCCCUUUAACCGAUAACAAUGAGUGUUUCUGGCAAAAGUGUUUUUUUUUCUGUCAAUGCAGCCAGUUUACUGUUUGUUGCUGAAUAGCCCUGAAUUUUCAAAGCAAAACACUUCCAUUAGGAGAGGAUUAUCCAACUGAAUUGCUAAAUCUGCAUUUAAACAAGUCUGCAUUUUCAUUCAUAGUUUGGGAGCAGGCAAGGCCUGUUUGACUCAUAGCGUAGUUGGAGAGCAAAACACUGACAUUGUGAUUCUUGGAUUUAAAGAAUCAAAAUCGGAAAAUCUUAAUGUAAACCUUCAGGGUGAUUCUGGAAAAUACAGCCAUCUAUGGACUUUUAAACAUGUCAAAACGGGUUAGCAAAAGUAUAUAAUAUUAUCGUUUGUUUGUCUCCUCUGCUAAUUUAUAACAGAAUAUUUGGGGGGAAUUCCGAUUGGCUGAAAACACCAGACAGGCAAUCUACACACAGAUUUCUUUUAAAUGUUCCAUCUAAUUUGUUUUCUUGGAAUCAAUAAAAUGCAUCAAUGGAAAGUUGGAUUGCUUUUACAUUAUUUAUUUGGUCAUUUAAUUUAAAGGCAUUUCAUAUUGAGGUGAGGCAUUAUUGCCAUUUUAACCUCUUCAUUAGAUGGUGUGUCAGUCUCAUUAUUGGUCAAUGACUUCCUUCAUGACAAGUGAUGAGCUUAGUUUGUCCUGUACUAAAAGUGUAUUAAAAGCUUAUUGCUGGCAACUCUGACUGAUUAAAGGGACACUCCACUGCCCAAUUAUUAAUAAAUAAACAUCCCUGUUUAGUAGAUAUACUACCAAUGAAAAAGAUAUGUAUUUUUAAUUGGAGAGAUAUCUAAACACAACUUGCAAAAGCUGCAGAUCUCUUGUCUGCUGCCUUUACAAGCCCUCCCCUUCUAACCCCACCCAGACUUUCUGUGACUUUCCAAUCACAGACUUCCCAAUGCAAAGUCUUUGCAAGGCAGGUGCUCUGGGCAAUUGCUGCCUCUUGAGUUUAGCUACACCGCGCUAAACAACAUCGAAGUAAGAGGAGCAGCUGACUGGUAACCAGGGGGUAUGACACAGUUCAUUUAUAAAAGUGCCAUAUUCUAUUGAAUUUUCGUAAAAUUUUUUUUAAAACAAAUGUAAAAUAGGACAGUCUUCACAGAUAAAGCAUGCAGCAAGCUUAAGUGCUUUAGGGGUCUGGAGUGUCCUUUUUCUAAAACCGAAUCACACUUAAAGAUCUACUUCAUGUCACAGCCUUAAUUAAGACAUCGGCCAAGUUAUUCAGUAAAGGGAAAAUUGUUGGGAACAUUUGAUGUAAUAUUCCAGUUUGACGAUUAAGGCUUAAAUGGACACUAUUAGCAUUCUGAUCACUUGAUCUCAUUGAAGUGAUCUGGGUGCAGUGUCUCUGGCCCACCUAGUCCUGCAAUGUAAAUCAAUGCAGUUUUUUGUUUUGUUUUUUAGAAACUGCAAUAAUUACAUUGCAGGACUAAGACUGCCACUUGUGGCUGUCAAUCAGACAGCCACUAGAAGCAGUUCCUGGUUGCAAACAGACUUUUGAUCGCUUGAUGUCACGCUCUGCAUGUGAACAUCCAGCUAAAAUCUCCACAGGAAAGCAUUAAAGCAAUGCUUUUCUCUAAGGAAGGGUCUAAGGCUCUCACUGCAUAUGUGCAUUAUCCCUCCCCUCCCACACCAAUCGGAUGAGGUCAUAGGAGGAAGAGUGCCAAGGGACAUCAGGUAGGAGACUACAGGUUUUUUUGUUUUGUUUUGUUUUUUUACCCCUUAGCUGCCGGAGAGGGGGUGGGACUAGAGAACAAAUACAGAUUUGCAUUCCUAGCACUGUAGAAUCUCUUUAAGAAAUGAAAUUUACUUUGAAUUCCUGUGAAUUCACACUUUAGUUGUUUUUAAAUGGAUUUAUCAUCAGAUUAAUUAUUAUAUUUUCAUCAUCAUAAUAUUCAUUUAACCAUUCUAUAGUAAAAAAAAAAAAAAAAUAGCAAUAAAUACCAUUUUGGAGGCAGCCAUGUUGGAAUCCCAUUAACAUAUUUAACCCCUUAAGGACACGACAUGUCAUGAUUCCCUUUUAUUCCAGAAGUUUGGUCCUUAAGAGGUUAAACGCUCAAACUGUAAUAGAACUCUUUUGAGCUAGUUUAUUGACAGUUUAUGCCAACGGCCAAUCAGAAUGUGAGAUUUUCAAAUAGAACAGAUUCUUACCCAGUAUUCCAUUGUUCAGUGGAGACAACAGGCAUUGUCUGGCCAGCCUGAUGAUGCACUAUAUAUUUUGUGGUUGGUAGGGCAUCAUGGGAAAUAUAGUACAGCAACAUCUGUACGAUACUCGCUAUGGGACAAAACAGUGAGUCCUGGAUAGCUGGAAAGUGUUUAAAAUUUAUAUUUUAUUACGAAAAUGUAAUAAAGGCCAGUACAGAAAGAUUUUACAAAAAUUCUCACGCCAGUGUCUAUAAAUAAAAUCUUAACAUCUGCUGAACCAAUAAAACAAGGGUUAAAGCUAUAUCUACCUAGUGGAAUAACUCAUGCUAAGCUUUUUUCUAGGUGACUUGAUCAGCAGAUCACAGAUCAGUCAGUUCUGUUGUCUUCAAGGUUAGAGACCAGCUGUAGCAGCGUCAAUGACAUCAUGAUCGAUUCGGGGAAAGCGAGUGACGUGUCAGUGUCCAGUUGGCCAAUGGAACCGAUUCACUGGACUCCGUUUCCAAUUCUACACCAGCUCUCGCUUCAGUCACCGGUACGCUUGGUUACAAAUAACACAUUUACCAAGAUACAAAGAUUACGAAGGUUCAAGGGUUCAACACAAAUUGGUGUGAAUUUCCAGUGCUUUUAUUGUAUUAUCAAGAUUUCUUCGUUUAGAUAUUUACUAACAUAAGAAUUGUAAGGAAUUCUAUGUGAAUUCCAAUUUUAAGGACCAAAAUAGCUGAACAAGAUACAUUCUGCAAGUCAGCUAUGAUUCCAACUCGGCUACUGGGGCCUUAAAUUUGAAACUCACUUUCUCAAGGUUAUUCUAUUAAGUCCCUGGCCUUAUUUUUCAUAAUCCUCUCAAAACGAAAAGGAAGAAAAAAAGGCACAGAAACAUUGCAACUUUUUAUUUUCAGAUAGAAACAUAGAAUGUGACGGCAGAUAACCAUUCAGCCCAUCUAGUCUGCCCAAUUUUCUAAAUACUUUCAUUAGUCCCUGGCCUUAUCUUACAGCUAGCACAGACUUAUGCCUAUCCCAUGCAUGCUUAAACUCCUUCACUGUCUUAACCUCUACCACUUCAGCUGGAAGUCUAUUCCAUGCAUUCACUACCCUCUCAGUAAAGUAAUACUGAUAUUUUUAAACCUUUGCCCCUCUAAUUUAAGAUUUUGUCCUCUUGUUGUGGUAGUUUUUCUUCUUCUAAGUAUAGUCUCCUUUACGGUGUUCAUUCAGUUUACGUAUUUAAAAUGUUUCUAUCAUAUCACCCCUCUCGUCUUUUCUCCAAUUCAAUUUUCACUUUAGUUUAAAAACCCGAUAAAUUUAUUUUCUUUAACAAAAACACAAAAUUUGAGGAACAUUUACUUUGAAUUUGUUGCUAAAUCUUGUAUUCUUCAUAUCCUAGUUUCACGCACGCAGACCACACUCGUACUUUGAAGGCAUGGAACUGGUCAACACCGAACGAAGCUGGACAGCGUAGGACAUCUGUUCAUGGAUCCAUAUUAAAUUUACUGGUGGAAGAAGCGUGCAGGGAUGUUUCCCCAAACCAACAGACACGGGAAGGUGAUAGCAUGUUCAAAUAGUGGAACGAUGGAGACAUGAAUGUUGUUGACAAGGGUUAGAGACUGAGUAACCUUCUGAUGACUAACACAGUUGAUUGAAUACUAAGUUUUUGAUGUGAUCUAAAGACUUUAGACAUUUCUGCGACUGGUCGGAAUGAUCAAGAAACAUCAUGAAAGUUCUUUCAGUGCUUCUCCAUUCUUGGCUAAAAGGGACUACAAAAAGCCGAAUAUGUUACUCAUGUACCAUGAAAGGAUUUAAUACACCAUGCUCUUGAACAUAACUUGCAAUCUAUUUAUUUUAUUAUAUGUAUCACUAUAUAAAACUGGCAAGAUGUUUGGAUUCAGUGUUGUGCGCUGGUAAUAGGUGCAUAGUUCAAUUUUAUUUUAUUAAAGAAUUAAAUGGGCAAAGUUGCAGAAACACCUGCAUAAUAUACUGGUGUAUGACUUAGCGUUCUGGUAGACUUUUUUUUUGUUUUUAAUGUGAAUGGUAUAAGUAAUUAAACUGUAGUGGGGUGGGGUGGGGGGGAAGUGAAGGGUAGAGAACCUUGUGGGUUCUGAUGGAUCAACUUCCCAAUUCUCAAAUGCUUCAGACUGCAGGGAUGGCCAACCCUCAUUUGUUAACUACAUUGUUUUGUGAAACUCGAUCUGCCAAAAGGGGUUUGCACAUAUUAGAGGUACACAAAUAGUAGACCCUUAGAUGUGGUAACAUGUCAUCUUCCAUGAAGCUUUGCCAUUCUAUGGGACGUUCUACAAGAUCUAUGGUCCUACCUUUUGGUCACUUCUGGUACACAUAUUUCAAACAAUAAAAAAUGAAAAAAAUUAUAUAUACUUUUGUUACUCAAUGCAACUUAGUUUGCGGUUCUACAUCUUUCUCAUCCUGUCAUAGUUUGGCUGCUUUGUAUCUGUACUUUUGCAUAUCUUCUCUACUCUUUAUGAGAAGUCCUAUUUUCUAAACCAGCCUUUUUUAUUCUACAGAGCUUUAAUGAAUAAUAUUUUAUAGGUAAAUCUUGGACAAAAUCGAUUUUCGGAUAUGGAGUAAAAGGAAUCUGAUUCGGACCAUAAAUGUUUUCCUACAUCUGUUUCUCACACAUUUCUGUCUGUCUCUACCUGCUUUGCUCUGUGAAUCUGGUUUCCUUUCUUUGUUCAUUUUCCAUUCCCUAAUACCUGCUACCUUUAAGGAAAGUGGGGGAGAUCAUCUGUAGUGGUCCAAUGGAUUAAGUGCAGCUCAGAUCGGUGUGAAUCACUGUGUCCUCUUCGUUUACAAUGUUUUGCAGAGUGCACGCUCCCCAACGACAGUUAAGGAGCCAAUCUGAAUCAAUUUUUCAUAUCUAUUACAAACUUUAAAAAGCAAAGCUACACAGAGUUGGCUACUGGAUUGAACAAAAAGGCAACUUGCAGCUGCCCUAAUACCAAAUUACUUGAUUGGCAUCCCACAAUUUCUAGUGUAUAUGCAGCCACCUCCCAUGGCAUUAACUGCCUGUAGUUGCUAUAAAGUUAAAUAGACAAGCACCAAAAUCUAAUUUAUCUCAAUGACCCUGCCUUCCCUCCCCCUAUAUUUUCCCCUGACAGAGUGAAAGUUUACUAUUUUGGAGAAGUAGAAGGGUUCAUAUUUUACCUAAACCACACCUCCGUAAGCUGUCUGACAACUAGCCACUUAUUCAAAUACUUAUGAAGGUCUCUAUGUUUGCCAUCACCAUUCACAGCCUGAAAAUGCAGAAUUCUGGUAAAGCUUCUCUUUGAGCAUUGGAUUGGUGAACUGUAGUGAUGGUUAUGCACUCGCCAUAGGAUUGGGCCAAGAUAUUAGGUAUUUAUGUCUGUAGAUGGACAGGAACACCUCGAACGUUAAAAAUCUUUGUUUUUUAACCCCUUAAGGACCAAACUUCUGGAAUACAAGGGAAUCAUGACAUGUCACACAUGUCAUGUGUCCUUAAGGGGUUAAAGUUAGUGUUCCUCUAAACAGGAGAACUGCAUAAGGGAGGGCUCUGCUUUUACCAGGCAUUAUAAACCGAGUAAUGAUUGUUUACAAUUUUAAUAACUUAAAGGGAAAUUUUUAAUAUGUUUACUUCUUACUAUAUUUCAAAAUGUAAUAUUUGUGAGAUGUGAAAAAUAUAAUUAAAUGC